CAGCCUGACCCUAAUAGUUAAACAGGGAAUUCUGAAGUGCUUUGAGUGCUGGCCUAGCCCUGAAGGGAGGAUUGCACAGUGUGAUUGUGGGCAGAGCUGGCUUCUAAUCAUUAAUCCCAAAAGCGCCAUUACUGGAAAACAUUGAGAGGUGAGAAAGGGAGGAAGAAAGAAAAAGUGGGGAGAGAGGUGAGACUAAUGAGAGAGCGAGAGAGAGAAAGAAAGAGAGAGGGGGAGUGCAAAGAUACGGUGAGGCUGACAGAAGGAAUGAGAAAGGACAUAUCAGGUGAGAUGCAAACAGGUGGAAGGGGGGAUAAACAGAAAAUGGGAGACAGAAGAAAGUGAAUGAGACAACGGAGGGAGAGGUUGAGAAGGUGAGAGAGUGUGUACUGAAAAGAGAGAGCUGUGGAAGGUCAAAGGGAGAGAGAAUAAGAGAAAGUUAGAGAGAGAAAGAAAGUGACAGGAGGGAGAGAAUAGAAGAAGGUGAAAAACAGAGAAAGAGGGUGAAUUCCACAAGAAAAUAAGGCAGAGGAGGAGAGAACUGUGUUAUUGUUUGUUUAGUUAUGUUGCUUCUACUUUUCAAACUACAGCACUAGCUGGUGUUUUGUAAAUAACAGAGCAAUAACGGUGUCAGCAUGGCAAGAAGUGAAAAAGAAACACAUAUGUUUGGUAUUAAAGGAGGAGAUUUAACUAAGUGAGAAAAGGGAGGAGAGACAUAACACGAUACCAAUCUGUGUAACGAAAUCCAGUAAUACUCUGAUCCUUUUCAUUUUGUCAUCAGAAUCAGACAUUGAUGCCAUGGACAGAGGAUGAAGUGAAAGGUAGGCGAGAUUCGGAUAUAUUUCAUUAAGGGAAAUGUGACUUAAUUGUAAAGAAAUUCCAAUGGUUUCUUAUAGUUUAUAAAAGGUCAAUAAUAUAGCUACAAUUAUAAAGUAUUUGUUGGGAUUCGUGGAACAGAAAUGGAAACAUUUAAUUAUUUAGAAUGCAAGUAAUGUCAGAAGAGGUGGCGAUGAAGAAGAAAAAUUGGCCAUUUAGAGGAGGCAUGGUAAAAGAGGUGAUUAAGAAAGUGAGGGUAGGAGAGUGGGAGUUAAGGAGUAAACCAGUUUAAACUCAGAGGAACGUUGAUAAGGACUGCAACAGAAACAAAAAAAGUAUAUGAAACCAAAGGAGAGAGCAAAUAAAGGAGGGUGUGCAAGAGAAACGCGGAGCGUGGUGAUAAAGAGAAUAAAAGAAAAGGAAUAGGAAAGAGAGGGGGGAGAGAAGAGCUAAACAUGAGAGAAACUGAAUAUAGGUGAAAGAGAGAUGCUGUACAGAGCGGGAUGAAAAACGGACAAACUAAAAUCUUUGUUAUCCUACCUACAGGGCACAGACACCAUCAUGUACAACCAGAACCGCUACGACAGCCCCCCAGUCUACAGCCCACCCAGCAACUAUUACCAGCAGAAAAGCUUUGGUCCUGAAUCUAAUGCCUACCCUAUCCAGUCCCCACAUCCUAACUCCUUUUACCUUGAAGAUGUUCCCCCACAACAUUUUUACAAAUGGAAAUCUCCCCCUGGGAUAGUCCGCAUCCUGCAAGCCAUUAAUAUUUUCCUCUGUGUGGCAAUCUUUGCCUGCGUGGCUUCUACUCUUGCCUGGGAAUACAACUAUGGAGGUUUAGGGGGUAUUGGUGGCAUGUACGGUGGAGGUAUGAUGGGUGGCUAUGGCGGCUAUGGCUAUGGUAGCUAUGGUUAUGGCUCUGGAAUGACAAAUCCUCAGGCUGCCAGCGGUUUCAUGAUGGCUAUGGCAGUGCUGACAUUUGCAUCCACCUUGGGCCUAUUUAUUAUGAGCGUUUCUAAAUCCAGUGGUUCUCGAUCGCGGAGAUUUUUCUUGGCUGUGCUAGUGAUGAGUGCAAUUCUGGCCACUUUGGACCUUAUUGCCACAAUUGUCUAUAUAGUUGGUGUGAACCCAAGGGCCCAAAUGGGUGGUAGUAUGUACUACAGCCAGAUCAUGAUGCUUUGUAAUCAGGUCUACUCUCCAGUGUCUGGUGGAGCAGGAUUUGUCAAUCAGUAUCUGUACCAUUACUGCAUGGUGGACCCACAAGAGGUGAGAACAGGUUGAAACUAACAUAAUUCUUUCAUCUUUAUAAGGGUUAUUCACUAGAGUGAGAAUUCAAGGUGAUUUUAGAGUGAAUUUCAAAUGUAAGGUCAAAACAGCCGAUCUGGAAAAAUUCUCUAAGUCAGCUAUGCUUUGAGUAUGGCUACUCUGGCCUUAAAUUUGAAAAUCUAUUUGAAUUCAGCCUGAAUUCUCACCUUAUUGAAUAACCUUGUAUAUAUUUUUUAUUGCUUGAUUUACAUUUAUUUUUCUGUCUAUUUCCAUCCAGGCUAUUGCUAUUGUGUGUGGUUUUGCUAUAGUCAUCCUGCUAUGUGUCACAUCUUUUUUCGCUCAGAGGACAAGGCGAAAGAUAUGGCGAUAUGGGGAACCAAAUAUUUUAUGGAGCAAGCCCUUUGUGCCAAUCCAAGAGGGACCCAAUGUGGAAGAAUGGGUGAGUUUGAGAAUGUCAAAAAGUUAUUAUUACAAUAAUGUUUGUUUCCUUGUGUCUCGUGGCAGUAUGGAAUAUGAGAUGAGAUUGCACAGAGCCAUACUUUAAAAGAGUAUUUAACAAUAUAUGUUUUAUUCUCAUAAAUGGACUCGUGUUUUUCUUGCACCUCCCUAGAGAAAAUCAAUUCCCUAUACAUUUAAAGAUAUUGAAUUAUUCCCCCAUCCAUUCAUCUAAAAAGACCUGUGAAAAAAAAUGUAAUACAAUUCAAAUACAUUUUUCUUAAUAAAAAAACAUUAUUGCCCAGCAAAACCAUAUCAAAUAAAAAACACUUGAUUUAUAUUUUUUUUCCAAUCUUUAUUUUCUUUGUGCAAUUGGUUACAAACAGGCUUGCCAAGCCCCAACAACAGUGCAAGCUUUGCAAUAACAGUCAUGUUAUAACAGUGUGUGGCACUGAGAGAUGUGGCACAUUUUUAUAGAAUUAUUAAUAACAAGAUAUUCAGAUGCUUAGAAUGCGUGAUAAUGACAGGCUAUGUAUACUUGUCUGCAACAUUUGGUUUAAACCACACUUUCCACAGAGAUUAAAUGUCAUUCUAAGAAAAUGCUUGUGUUAAAUAUACCUGGCUAACCGCUGAGCUAGUCUGACACUUAAACUAAGGAGAGCCGCAAGACAAGGUGAUUGAUAUACAGGAAUAUUAUAUUGGUGUAAUAGGAGGGUAGAUAAGCAGGAUAUACUGACAGAGAAACAUGUACAGUGGUAUAACGUUGUAUAGACUAGUCAAGGAAUCAAAUAUGUACAAACACACCCAGCUAUUCGGGGGGUACACCAACUCCCUACUGCAUAACAUUUUUUGCCUGUAGUAGAUUAAACAAAGAGCAUAGUUAAUAUUCAGGCUAGGCUUGGAGUCGCUUAUAUUGUACCUCCGGAGCAUUUUCAUUAUGUUACUUUACCGCAUCAAUAGUAGGUCAUUUAGUGUAGAGAGAGACAAAAGAAAAGAAAUGAAAAUCAUAAUACAAAAUAAAGAAAACUUGGUGCAUAGUAUUUAAAGCAUAUAUAAAUUGCUUCUCUUGUUGCCGAAGAGGGAGUAUGCUCAGAUGGCAGUCCCUAGAUCAAGUUCAGCCAAUUCCUCAAAAUGGCCUAGCUUCUACCUCGUCUGGGCAUAUGUUUCUCUGGAGCGGCGGGCCUCCUCUGGCCCAGGCCUGCAACAGAGCCGGCAUCUUUGUACCACAGACUUGGGUUCGUCGAGGGACCAAGUCCAUCCCCUAUAGGGGGAGGGUGAAGAAGGUGAGUGGCAAUCUCUGCUGGCCAUAGAUGCUCUGUCGCCCGCUGGACGAUGCUUUGAGGUCUUGCCUCGGGUGGCCACCGACCUUAGUGAGCGGUCAUGAGGUUGUGAAAUCCUUGUUUUAGAUUGUGCUCUGUGAGGAGGCUUCACCGUAUGUAACUGCUCCUUUCUCUGGUGUCCUUUCCACGGUACAGACUUGUGGGCCAUGGUGUCAAUUUGACAUGCUUGUAUCUUCAGCGAGAAGUUCUGGAAGAUCUGGUCUAGCCAUCACAGCUGGUAGGCAGUGGCUUUGCUAAGUGCCCUCUUGGUUGCAUUUGCGCCAUGUGCGUUUGUGCACGCAGCAUCCGCCAUCUUGGGAUGUUGUUGUGCAAUAUCUGCUUGGUUUAAGUGUAGAGCCAAGCUGGUAUAGCCGACUACUCUCCAGAGGGGACCGGGAUAUCCCCCACCAGUUCAGAGUGGGGAGGAGAUGGGGGUAAGAGAGUCUCAUAAAGCUAGGUUUGAUUCAGAGGGAGGAAAGCGGCUGCCUCUCCUCCACUCCAUCUCCAACUGCCGCAGUUAUUAGAGCCGCAGGUUAUCAAUUAAGGUAUCCAAAGGUAGGUCCAGGUGUCACCUUGAGUUGAGGUCUCCGACUUGUUAGCUCGGGCUAUCACCGUCUUGCCAGCUUGAAUUCCAAGCUUCGCCCCCGAUUAUUAUUAUUUUUUUUUAUCGACUCAUUAAAAAUAUCUGUGUGAGCUUUUCCUGCCUUGAAUGCUCAGCGAGCAUGUCUCAUUCUGCCCCUCAAUGUGUUGAGAUGGAUUUUUUAUAAGCUGAGCUUUUUUGCUUUCUUUUUUAUAUUUUACACCAUUUCAUUGGGAUAUAGUAAAUUUUAUUUAUCCAUUUAUUUAUUUUACAAUCUCUAUUUAUGUGAAUUUUUGUCUUAGAAAAUUGGGGAGGACAGAGUGGGAAAAACAUAUGUGAUACAAUGAUAAUAUUCCACAGCAAUCCAAAUGGUAAUACUGUAAAUGAUUGACAAUUCAAGGACCCACUACUUGGAACAGAAGCUUAGUACAUUAUUAUAAAGCCACUUGGUAACUAAACUAGUGGGCCAACUCAGACAUCCCUAAAUAAACAUAAUGCACAUCUGCAGGCCUCCAGGUGUGUAGGAUUAACUGUAUCCCUGUCUACGUGACUCUUCUUAGGUCUAGUGGGCCCGUCCUUAUUGAAAGAUAGGGUUAGUGUCAUGUUCCUGAGCAGGGUCAUAGAGAAGACGAUUGCCAGGGUUAUUGGUUGAAACUUUCUUUGUUUUUUUAGACAUAACAAUUUACUAAGCACUACGGAAUCUGUUGGCGCUAUAUAAAUGGCAAUAAUAAUAAUAAUACUAGAAAGCAAGAAUUAAGGCAAUAUGCCACAAAAAGAAUACUUUGAGAGUUAAAGGACCACUAUAGUGCCAGAAAAACAUACUCGUUUUCCUGGCACUAUAGUGCCCUGAGGGUGCCCCCACCCUCAGGGUCUCCCUCCCGCCGGGCUCUGGGGAGAGGAAUGGGUUUAAAUCUUACCGUUCACCAGCGCUGGGCGGGGAGCUCUCCUCCUCCUCUCCUCCUCCAUAGCGAUGUCAUCGGCUGAAUGCGCAUGCGCGGCUGGAGCCACGCGCGCAUUCAGCCAGUUCAUAGGAAAGAAUUUACGCUAGACAGUUAAACUAAGAAUGCACCCAUGCCACCCGGCAGCCCCUUUUGGUAAUUUUUAUUUGACACAUUUUUUUGGUUGAAUAAAGAAGAUUGAAGAAGGCUUCAAAUAGUAAUUAUUUUUUAUUAGUAGUAGUCUUUAUAUCCUCCUUAAUAUUGCUAAUGUGAGGGGGUGGACAUAUUUUGGAUGGGUGGCAAGGGUUCCUUAAGCCUCUAGGUCGCAAGGUGUGUGAUUAUAGGUCUAUGAGCAAUUUUCAUGUAAUAUACACUCAGUAUGCUUUUUACAUUUCUUUAAUUCGUGUCAUAGACAUUGCUUUGUAUUUAGGCUAGUGAGUAGUUUUUUCAAAGUUCAUGUCUUAUAACUGAGAAAUCCAUGCACACAAUGUCAACUUCUUUUCACCGAGCCUCUCCUACUUUUGUUGAAGUUCAUGGGACUCUCCACUGAGACACUGAAAAUGUUAAUUUUACUGGUGGCACUUGUAUAGUGAGCAAUUACACAUACUUUCGCUAGCACUGCUAUCGUUAAAGAGCAUUUCUUUCAGAGUCCAUUGGUGAACACCAAAUGGUCUUGGAGUUCUAAUGGUUUCCUAAGCUCUGAACCAGUGGCGUACACACAAUCCAUGAGGCCCCGGUGUGAAACUGAUCCGUGGGCUCCCCCCUCCCCUGAUCCAUGCCCCCUCAUCCCUCCUGACACAGACACACAGACACACACAAAUAUACACACAGACAGACACACACACACAUACAUCCCUCGACAGACACAUACAGACAGACACACACACAUAUAUACACACAGACAGACACACACACACAGACACAUACAUGCACACACAUAGAGACACAGAGACACAUACAGAGAGACACACACACAUACAGAGACACACACACACAUAGACACACACAUACAUAGACACACACACAUACAUACAGGGCCCCAUGGAUUGUGUGUACGCCACUGCAUACAUAGACACACACACAUACAGAGACACACGUACAUACAGAGACACACACGUACAUACAGAGACACACACACAUACAUACAGAGAGACACAGACACAAAUACAUUGACACACACACAUACAUACGGGGUCCCAUGGACUGUGUGUACACCACUGCAUACAUAGACACACACACACAUACAGAGACACACAAAUACAUACAGACAGACACACACAAAUACAUUCAGAGAGACACAGACACUCACACAGAGUCACACAAACACACACACAUACAGAGACACACACACAUACAGAGACACAGACACACACACACACAGAGAGACACAGACACACACACAUACAAAGACACACACACAUAUAUACAGAGACACAGACACACACACAUAUAGAAACAGACACACACACAUAUAGAAAAUGUUUCCUAACUUGUGACUUUCCCUGGGGUCCAGUGGGGGCUCAGCCUGAUGGGAGUCAGAGUUCCCACUCUGACUCCCUUCUCCUUCCUCCCGCGCAGGAUCUCAGUAUGCUGGGAGGAGUGACUGGGGAAUCACUUCCUGCCAGCGAUGAUGUAAUCACAGGGGGCCUGGUCGCGCUGUUAAAGCGCCCAGCACAGACCAGGCCCCCUCACAAUCCAUAUCCAUUGGGUGUCCCUGACAGCAUGGGCCACCCGAUGGACCCCUUAACAUGCGGUCCCGGCGGUUUGCCGCAUGAGCCGGGGCCACAAAACGUGGCAACUGGUACCCGGUAUGUACGCCACUGCUCUGAAUUAAUCUUUACAAAUUGCCACCACUGCAGUUAUACUAGUUAGUAAAUAUUUAUUUAUAAAAUAUUUUACCAGGAUGGAUACAUUGAGAUUUCUCUUGUUUUCAAGUAUGUCCUGGGUCAUCAAAACAUUGUAUUAUUACAAUAGGAUACAAUAUUACAAAAAAUACAAUAUACAAACUAAAUAUAUUGUAACAGCACACCGAGGCAUAAAAGGGUUAAACCGCCGUUUAGAGGAUAUUCCCCUUCCAGAUACACAGUCAGCUACCAAAGACACCAAUCUGCCGAACAGGAAACUAUACGAAUGCUGUAAACAGCCGAAUAGAAAAAACCAUACAAAAGGUUUACACUCCUAGCAGUCGAACUGGAACAGCAUACAAUAAAUCCCCCCAAGAGCGAAACAAAGCUCCGUGUUGAAGGUCAAGCAGUGAACAGACAGAGCUGUGGGUUUAUUGUUCUUAUAUACACAUUCUUACACAUUAGUACCACCCACAGGGUUUUGGAAAACAACCAAUAAACACGUACAAUACACUCAGACACUCCCACACAAAAUCCUUCCCUCUGCCUGUGAUGCAAUUACCUUACACAAUAGGUAAUGUAAUUAUCACAGGCAGAGAAAUACAGUUUUUCCACAUUAUUCAUGAUUUUAAAAGUAUGCAUCACAUUCACUUACAUUUUCAGAAUCAGCAUACUCCAAAUACAAACAUAAGUCAAAAUCAUACAAAUUGGUCCAGUGGUUCAAAAGAUAGAUCGUAGUCCUUUGUGACCAAAUGAAGCAUGGCAUUUCUGCCCAAAACCAGUUCCACAGAGUCUUCUAGCCUGGAGAUAAUUGGAAGUAAUCCAAUUAUCUCCAAGGACAGAGGCAAAACUCCAUUGAACACAUGGCAGCAAAAGACAAUAAAAUACAUAAAAAUAUAUAACUGUGCAGCCAUUGCAUAAAACAGGUGCAUUCAACAUAUCCCCAGAUAGCUCAUAUCUGAGCGCAUAUUAUUACUGAAUGGCACUCAGAUCACACACAUACAGUUCAAUUGCCAUAGAGCCAAAGUUUUUCCCAUAGUCUUUCAUUAUACGAAUGGGCUCCAUUGCAUAGCUAUCUGGGGUAUCACCGCUCAAACAGGGCAAGCACCAAAUGACCCGGCUUUCGUGUCUUUGCAGGGGAAAAAAUCAAGCGUUUCAACGUGGGGCCAUAGUCUAAAGGCAGCAGGCGGGCAAUGAGGCUCCUCCAAUGCACAGUGGCGAGAUUGGUCUUGUCACAUCUAUAUAUAUAUAUAUAUAUAUAUAUAUAUACACACACACAUACAUAUACAUACAUACACACAUAUAUAAAUUUAACAAAUGUCAAUUUUACAUAACAUAACUUUGCUGCAAAGAAAGCCCAUCGGUCUAUGUUGAAUCAAGUUAAUUACAUGCCUCAUUAAGUAUGUUCAUAUCUAUAUAUUUCUAUCUACAUACAUAUUUGUAUAUUGAUGUCUUUAUGAAAGUGAAUGUCUAUAUGUGCAUGUUCACAUGCAUUUCGGUGUAUUUAGUAGCAUUUAUGUGUGCAUGACUGUACUUGUAAGCAUUAUUAUAUACAUAUGCAUACAUUGUAUUUCUUUUUAGAUUUAUUUAAUUUUACUUGUGCAUACAUAUACAUUCACAUCCACACGCACAUAUAUAUAUACAUACAAAUUCAUGCAUUCACACACAUAUUAAUACAGUACUUGUACAUAUAUUUACUCUGCAAAUUACAGGGAGUGCAGAAUUAUUAGGCAAGUUGUAUUUUUGAGGAUUAAUUUUAUUAUUGAACAACAACCAUGUUCUCAAUGAACCCAAAAAACUCAUUAAUAUCAAAGCUGAAUAUUUUUGGAAGUAGUUUUUUAGUUUGUUUUUAGUUUUAGCUAUGUUAGGGGGAUAUCUGUGUGUGCAGGUGACUAUUACUGUGCAUAAUUAUUAGGCAACUUAACAAAAAACAAAUAUAUACCCAUUUCAAUUAUUUAUUAUUACCAGUGAAACCAAUAUAACAUCUCAACAUUCACAAAUAUACAUUUCUGACAUUCAAAAACAAAACAAAACAAAUCAGUGACCAAUAUAGCCACCUUUCUUUGCAAGGACACUCAAAAGCCUGCCAUCCAUGGAUUCUGUCAGUGUUUUGAUCUGUUCACCAUCAACAUUGCGUGCAGCAGCAACCACAGCCUCCCAGACACUGUUCAGAGAGGUGUACUGUUUUCCCUCCUUGUAAAUCUCACAUUUGAUGAUGGACCACAGGUUCUCAAUGGGGUUCAGAUCAGGUGAACAAGGAGGCCAUGUCAUUAGAUUUUCUUCUUUUAUACCCUUUCUUGCCAGCCACGCUGUGGAGUACUUGGACGCGUGUGAUGGAGCAUUGUCCUGCAUGAAAAUCAUGUUUUUCUUGAAGGAUGCAGACUUCUUCCUGUACCACUGCUUGAAGAAGGUGUCUUCCAGGAACUGGCAGUAGGACUGGGAGUUGAGCUUGACUCCAUCCUCAACCCGAAAAGGCCCCACAAGCUCAUCUUUGAUGAUACCAGCCCAAACCAGUACUCCACCUCCACCUUGCUGGCGUCUGAGUCGGACUGGAGCUCUCUGCCCUUUACCAAUCCAGCCACGGGCCCAUCCAUCUGGCCCAUCAAGACUCACUCUCAUUUCAUCAGUCCAUAAAACCUUAGAAAAAUCAGUCUUGAGAUAUUUCUUGGCCCAGUCUUGACGUUUCAGCUUGUGUGUCUUGUUCAGUGGUGGUCGUCUUUCAGCCUUUCUUACCUUGGCCAUGUCUCUGAGUAUUGCACACCUUGUGCUUUUGGGCACUCCAGUGAUGUUGCAGCUCUGAAAUAUGGCCAAACUGGUGGCAAGUGGCAUCGUGGCAGCUGCACGCUUGACUUUUCUCAGUUCAUGGGCAGUUAUUUUGCGCCUUGGUUUUUCCACACGCUUCUUGCGACCCUGUUGACUAUUUUGAAUGAAACGCUUGAUUGUUCGAUGAUCACGCUUCAGAAGCUUUGCAAUUUUAAGAGUGCUGCAUCCCUCUGCAAGAUAUCUCACUAUUUUUGACUUUUCUGAGCCUGUCAAGUUCUUCUUUUGACCCAUUUUGCCAAAGGAAAGGAAGUUGCCUAAUAAUUAUGCACACCUGAUAUAGGGUGUUGAUGUCAUUAGACCACACCCCUUCUCAUUACAGAGAUGCACAUCACCUAAUAUGCUUAAUUGGUAGUAGGCUUUCGAGCCUAUACAGCUUGGAGUAAGACAACAUGCAUAAAGAGGAUGAUGUGGUCAAAAUACUCAUUUGCCUAAUAAUUCUGCACUCCCUGUAAUAUGCAAACUCUAAAUUAAACAGUUACACAUUCACAUGCGGUAAUUAAUUGUAUGCACAUAAACUUCCACAUACUUACAUUCACACUUCACCCAUUAAGUUGUUUGCCUGCAACAUAAAUAUAUUAACACAGUAAAAAUUACUUAAAAAUAUGGAUUCAAUAAGUGUAAGGGUGGAAAUUUGUACACGACUGGUUUGGUGCGUCGAUCUGGUUGACCACAAUGCAGCAAAAAAAAAAUGCAUCACUGCAUCCAAAAACAUAGUUUUCCUGAGCAAAAAUAUAAAUCUAAAAAUGUUUUAAACUGGCAACGUAGAAAGGCCAUAGGAAAAAAAUAUCAAAUAUUUUACAUGGAGAAAAACAUGCUUAAAGACCUAGAAGUCAAAUCUUAUCCCUCAUGACUACUUUGAAAAUUAAAAUGUAUUGAGUCAAACCCCUACACUAGCCAGUUUUUCUGGCUGGUUUAUCGUGGAUUUUCAGAACUGAAUUGGCCCACUGGGAAACCAAGAGAUUGCCUGGUGGGCCUCAUUAGCCUGGGGCUGGCCAUGUACACAGAAUUAAAAAGUGUGGAGUCACUGGGAUAAAUUACGUUAAGUAAAAUGGUAAGCAGCUACCACGUGCGGCAAAACCUAAUUGCAACCCAGUAAAGGGCACAGGUGUAUGUGUUAGGAUAUGGGUCAGUUAGUUUCAGAAAGUAUGGCCAUACAAUAGAUCCUUUUGAUAAAUGUGUGUAUAUAAAUAUGUAUAAUUUUAAAAAAAUUAUUAUUAGGAUUUUUUUCCUAAAUGAAACUAAAAAGUUUUACUUAUUUUUUUUUAAAUUCUGACAAUAUUAUGUUUUAUGAACAAUAAAGAUGUGGAAUUCUCUAUCUAAAGAGGUUGUCUUAUCAUAUUCUAUAGAUAAUUGUUUUUUAAUUAUUAUUAUUAUUUAUUUAUUUAUUUUUAAAGGCCUGAUGCUUUUUUGCAAAAACAGAAUAUUCAAGGAUAUAAUUGAUAUGUAUGUGAACAGGUGGUAGACCUGGAAAAAUCUGAUUGCUAUUAUGGAGCCAAUAAGGUUCCCCUCUGCCCCCCCUUUUUGUGACUUAAUUGGAAAUAAACACAAUUGGGUUGUUUGUCUUCUUUUGGAUCAACAACAUAAGUUAAUGGUUUUUGAGCUUGAACCUUAUAGACUUUAUUCCCCUUUCAAUCUAGAUCACUAUGAAAUGAAGUAUGUAAUAUAUGUAAAGUAAUAUAUAAGAAAUUUGUGGCACAGUUAAAGCGGCCCUGUAAUUUUUUUUCCUCUUUGUUAGUUUUUCCUUAUGCCUUUUGAAUCUUCAUGAUUAUACUCCCCUCAUUGCCAUUUGUUUUUAUUUAUAUUUAUUAUAUUUUCUUUCUUGUGCCAGAUCUCAAUAUCUGGUUACAGCCAUUUUGUUCUGCUCUGUCCAUUAUGCCUGCAGUUUACCUUCUGUGGGAUUGAUUUAGGACCAAGGACAGAACGUAUGAAAAUCAUUGACAGGGAAUUAAGGAAACUAAGAAGGAGGCACCCAGUUGCAGAAUAAAGAGGUCCGGAUUUCUAUAUUAAAUUUGCCAAAUGUUUACCAAACACAAUAUUAAAAAUCCCAAGAACUGACAGCUCCCUUUUAAUAUUUAUUUUUGCUCAGUACAAAUAUACAAUUUUAAGCAAAAUAUAUUACAUGUAUUCUUCCUUAAAGGAACACCUCAAGCACUCUAGUCAUUACAGUGUGCUGUUGAGGUUAUGGUGCCAGGAGUACCCCGAUACCCCCAAAUUUAAAUAGUCUAAUAGUUUUCUAAUUUAUUCUACCAAUUAGCUUAAGGUUUACCUCGUCCCUACUUUGUAUGUAUGUAUGUAAUAGUUUCAUACUAAUUUAAUACCCUUCAUUCUAUCGAAGUCCCUCAUUUAAUAUUUACCUUUCAAUAUUCCCUCAUUUUAUAACCUCCAUCAUUUACCCUGUCAAUAAGUGUUCAUCCUUCGCCUGACUUCAAGGGCAUUGUUUGGGAUAUUACUUGCUUACAUACCACGCUUACAGCAGUCCUCGUGCUGGGAGCUAUGGGUUGGAGGCUUAGAGAGAGCUCUGUUCAAGCAGAUAAUUAGACUAGUUAAAACGAUGUCUAGUGAAGGUAGAUUAAGUCAGCACGACAAGGAAAUGCAAAUUAAAGAACAAAUUAACUAAAUAGCAAACAUUCUUCAAAUCAACCAGUACUACUAGAAAAUAAUUCAGCAUAAUGGGAGUUGUUGUCUGUAGCUAGUGGAGAACUAUUAGUUGCCUAUCCCUAGGUACAUGCAAGGCAUUAUGCACUCUGUUUAGCUGCCAGUGAAUAUUUACUUACUGAUAUGGCUAGUUUCUGUCUAGUGACUGAUUAACCCUCUUCCCAUAGCAAUAGAGCACAUUGUUCACACCUCAGUUUAAGGUGGGAGAAAAUAAUCCACUCAAUACCAUUUUAUUAAAAUUAUUUACACAGUUAUCUAUAUGCAGGUGAGAUCACCUGAUUUUUUUUUCUUUUGUAAAAUGGGAUUGCAAAAUCUGGGCUAAAAUUGCUGAUAAAGAAAAUUCACAACUUAGAUAUAAUCGUCUAUUGGAUAUUUUAGGCAAAAUUUUGCAAUUAGAUUUUUAUUUCACUACAAUUCUGUAUUAAUGGGGGAACAAAAUUAUAUUAAACUUAAAAAAUGUCCAAGGUUAUGGACUGAAAUAAUUAUACACUUUAUUAUAUUUAAUUAAUAACCCAACAGCCUCUGUUUGUAUUAAGAAUUGGGAGUGCUUUGUGUCUCGAACUGUAUAAUAUAAAAUUUUCCCAAAUUGCUGAGUUUUAAUAAGAUUUUAGCAUGAAGCUGAUUUGCUUAAUUUUAUUAGAUUCCAGAUAAGGAGUUAGGGGUUAUAUAAAAAUUCACAGUCAAGACAUAUCACAUGCGUUCUGAAAAUAGUUUAGCAAGCUAACAAAAAGCACAUAGUGGUUUGAUUAAGCACAAGAAUGUAUUAGAUAAAAAUAGAAAACUUCAGAGCAUGUGUCACUCAUAUCUGACAGAAUGGUAAAAAUAUGGAAACAUAAACAUUAAUAAAUAGUUACUGCAACUGUCAUCAUCACUCCUGCUUUUAAAAGUGUUCAUUCGUGGUAAGAUUCUCUAUGUGCAGUGUUUAAGCUUUAAAACCCGCACAUCCAGAGAUAUUUGCACUUGUGUGCUGGGGGUUAGUUGCAUUCAGCGCAUGUUACCUAGGCAGCCUAAUGUCAAUUCUGUGCAAAAUUUACAUCUGUUGUCAGCAUGCAAAGUACGCUGGCGCCAAACAUAGAUAAAUGUGCCUGCAAAGAGAAGCAUGCAUAGUCCCUUCCUCUUGUAUCUGAUAUCUCUCUGCCAUCCCUAACUCCCUUUACCCUUUAUCUGCAAUUUUUUGUUUGUUUGCUUGGUUGUUUUAAUAAACCCUCCUUCCCUCCCUUGUCCACUCCACUCACUCCCUUCGUAAUCUUAAAGGUUUAGAAACAUUCCAAUCAAGUGCUUCUCUAUGCUAAUCUGAAGCAUUUGAUUGCACUGCGCGAGGGAGCUGUGAUGUCAGAAGAGGCAUAAGGAGCUUUGCACAGUGCUGAACUUUAGGUAAGUUUAUUGCUUUUUAUAAGGUUAAAUGAUGAAAAAACUAAAUGUGUACUUAAAAAGGGUUGGAGUAACCCUUUAAGCCAAGCAUUUCCAACUCACGACCCACGCAAUCAAUAUCUUUUGUUGAGUUUGACAUGCUUACUAAAGCAGAGUAGGCACCUGCUCUCCCCAUAUUGCAGGUGCCUACUCUGCUAAAACGUACGCGGCUGGGGAGGAAAGAUCACUGGCGGCAGCAAGGGAGCUCAGUCUUCCGACUCAUCGCGUGUGGCCUCUGUAGUGAUGCCGGAAUAUGAUGUAGUUUAGGCACCCUGCAUCAGUCAGUGUGAGUGUGCCUGUCAGUGUGAGUGUCUCUGUCGGUGUGUGUUGGUCAGUGUUGCGAUGGCUGCAGCUGGAUAGUGGAGGACCUGGAGGUGCAUGGAGGCACGCAACACCACCUCACAUUCCAACAUGUCGUCAACAUGCUACACCUUCAGAAUUUUUCAAGGAGUAGCGGGAGGAUCCGCUUUGGCACAGGGUGCGGACAUCACUAUUGGGGGUAUACCAGGACUGAGACUGGGAUUGGGAUUUAGUAUAGAGGGGCGGACUGGGAUUUAGUAUAGAGGGGGGCACUGGGAAUUAGUAUAGAGGGGGGACUUGGAUUUAGUUCAGAGGUUUAGUAGAGGGGGAUGCUGUUUUUUUUUAACACUGUACUUUUCUAUAAAUUUAUUUUAUUUUUAUUUAUUUUUUUGUGGCCCACAUAAACUUAAACCUUGUUUAUUUGGCCUGUGCUAUCCUUUGAGUUUGACAUGCUUGUUUUAAGCUACAUGGAAAUCAAACAGAUUAGUGUAGUAGUGGGUGUAUGUGCAUAUGUAGUGAGGUAUGGAAGAAUCUGAGAAAAUACUCAAAAUAAACUGGGAUAAUUCUGGGGCUAGAUUCAAAGUGGUUGAAGCGGUUUUCAGUACAAACAAUAUUUUCACCAAUGCUUUCACUUGCAGAAUUCUUUGCCAAGGAAAACCUCAACUGAGAAUUGGGGUUAACAAGUGACCCAUAAGUAAAUCAAAGGGAUUGCAAAGGCAGAGACUUGUGAUAAAACAGUCACUGAAAGACUAUGCUUUCUAUAAACGAAACCCUCUCAGUUCACAAACAUAUAAAAUAAUAAUGGAAGAAAAUGUUAGUGGUCCCAAGACCCUAUAUUUAAAAAAAAAAAAAAGGACAGCAGCAGUAUGCUCCUCGAUCUUUAGCUCAUGUGUAAGAGAUUUCAAGCUGCAUGAAGUAAUAUUGGGCCCCAGGCCAACUGCAAACAAAAUAUAUUAUGAGAAAGUAGAAUGGGUAGAUGGUCAUGUAUAAAUGAGUUGUGAGCUAGCACAAGUCUCCGUCCCUUUAGUUCAUGACAAUUUUGAGUGUGGUGGAUAAGGCAAGGGGGUACUAUAUGUGCCAAAAUCACAAACUUUCAUUUUAUUUAUUUUCUUUCUUUUUUUUCUUUUUUUUUGCUGCCAGUUUAUUGUUACUAAGCAAAGAAUAUAUCUGUAUGUAAUACAUAUUGGUAGUAUAGGAUUUAGAUUCUCAGUAAAUAUAAUAAAAAGUAGGAUGACCGACCCCUUGAGACCUACAGCACUUGUAUCCUGGAAGAGGAUUUGGCUUUUAGCGCCACUUUCUCUCCCUCAUCUAACCCAGGGGUGCCCAAUAGGUAUAUCCCGCAGAUGUUGUAGAACUAAAAUUCAAAUGAUGCUUUGCAUGCCUGUAAAAUGACACAGCAUCAUGGAGCUGUAGUUAUAAAACUGGGGAUCUACCUUCUGGGCACUCUGAUUUAACCCAUGAACUUAAUUUCCUCAGCCGCCUUUGUCCCUAUUUGCAGGCACCUAAGUUUUGUACCUCAUAGAAUUAGGAGAACAUUUAUAUUCCAGGAUCACCCUGUAAGAAUUUUUGUCUUUGUUUUUUAAAGAUUCCUUUUAUAGCUUAUAUAUGAACUUUUAAUUGUAGCCAACAGCUCAGUUCCAUUUGUUACAUGUUCAUCUCCAUUUAAUGCACAUUGUUAAAUUAUUACAGCAAUAUAGCAGUUCUUUGUAAUGUGUAACUAUGAUUCAAGGACUCUGAACAUCCAUAGGAUACACAAGCAGAAGGAGUGGUAUUCUUGUGUCAUUGUUAUGACAUGUUAUGGAUACUUACUUUGUAGUGUCACUCAUUAAAACUAAAUAUAUAUAUAGAGAGAGAGAGAAAUGCAGGAGGAAGUUUUUUCCAAGUAUUGGUUAAAUCUCAUAAGAGCAGGCAUUAGGAUGCUAGAGUAGGACCUGCUAAAAAUGGGGUACAUUGACAUUGUGGUGGGCUUAUGCAAUGUAUGAUCAUAUACUGUAACUAAUCCCACAUUGUUUUUGCCUUGAUGAGUUGUGUUAUGUUUUCUUAUAUCAUAUGAGAUCCAGCGCACUCACUCAUUUUUAAAACAGCAACUUGAAAGCUAAGAGAACUUAAUAAUUUUUUUUUUUUUUUAAACACACAGUUCAGGCAAAACAAUAAGGAUUUUGUUACAGUACAUGAUUACACGUUUCAUAAGCUUGCCAUAACGUCAAUGAAGGGCUGUAUUUACCCUGAGGCACAAGGCAAAAUUGCCCAGGCAAAUACCUUCUUAGCCUCGUUUUAUGGGGUCCAAGAGUUGGCCAGCUGGGGCGGGCAGCCAGCUGUUUUGCUGCGGCGAGGAAGUGCUAAACUGUAAGUUCUUUUUGCUCAGCUCCCUCGCACGCCCCGCAGUGAUGCCGGGAGCCAGAGUAGGACAUCAGUCCAGCUCCAGGCAUCACUAAGCGGCGCGCGAGGGAGCUGAGUAAGAAAAUCACAGCUCCUACGCUGUCUGCUUUGUGCAUCUGCCGCCCCCCUGCUUGCCCACCUAGCUGCCCCCACUGGACCCCAGGUAAAUAAUCCACCCAGCUCCCUGUGACAGGGAGUGGUGCAAUGCCACUGGAGUUGGCGUGGCCUCCUCUAUAUAUGUACAUAUAAACACCAAGAGGGCUGCACUCACCUAAUCAUGGAUAUAUUAUAAGGGUGAUGCUGGGGCCAAUUCAUACAACAUACGAGAUCCAGUGCACUCACAAACUCACCCACCAAACAGCAGUUAGAAAAAAAAAACUUUUCAAUUCUAUAAGCUUUGAAGUUGCUGUUUGGUGAGUAAAGAAAGUUUGCACUAUCAAACUGACAUGAUGACUAAAUAAAUAGCAAAUUGUGUUGUUUACCAAGAAGUCCUGAUAGCUCCAUUUUUAUGUAGUUUGGACUAUCUGCGGAAUGUUGCACCUGGUCAAAUAUUAUUGAAUUUCUCGAAGUGCAAGAUUUUGUGUAUGUUAUAUAUAUAAAAGGGAUCAUAUUGUAAAAGCGACAAUAAAUGCCAGAAUUAUAUAUAUCUAUAAUUUUGGCAUUUAUUGUCCCUUUUACAAUAUGAUUAGCAGGAAAAAAUUUACUGUAAAAAGCAUGGUUCUACUGCUUCUUGUUAAGACCACCAUUAAAAUAAAAGCUAACUGAAAAUGAAGGACUAUCAGGAGCUUAAACUAAAGCUACAGUGAUUAAACACAAAUAGUUGUGUUGGGAGCCCCAUUUUUUGGUUGAUUUGGUUUAUUUAACCAUUCUCAAUUAUUGCAAAUUUUGCCUUUUAUGUAAAAGCACAUCUUGUGCCAAUUUGGGAUCAAUUCUCCGUUCAAUAUCAAGGCAUAUUUUGAACCUUAGCGUGGGAUAAUUUUUCCGCUAGCUUGUACCAAGUGUCAAAAAGGCAGAAAAAAUGCUUAUUACUAGGCAUGUGCAUGGGAAAGUUUUUCGGUUUGGUUCGGCAUUCUGAAAUUUGGAACUUCGGCACUUCGGAACUUCUCUACCAGCCGCUUGGUAGAUAACUCCCUAAUUCCCACGGUAUUUCAGCCAAAUUUACUAGGUAAAGAUUACUUAGUAUUAGUAAAUUAUGCCCCUACACGCUAUACCGCGAGUGGGGGCAUGUCUAGUUUUUUUUUUUUUAAAAGGGCCCCCCUUGCCGAGUCCCCAACCCUGAGCGGAGGGUGGGGGCCCUAAAUUAGAAUAGGGGGGGAACCUAAUGUCCUCCCCCCUGGCCCACACCCCUGAGCGGUGAGUGGGGGCCCUAAAUACUAAUUAGGAGGGGCCUAAUGUCCUCCCCCUGGCCCCUACCCCUGAGCGGUGGGUGGGAGCCCUAAAUACUAAUUGGGAGGGGACCUAAUGUCCUCCCCCCAGGCCCGCACCCCUGAGCGGUAGGUGGGGGCCCUAAAUACUAAUAAGGGGGGGGACCUAAUGUCCUCCCCCCCGGCCCCCACCCCUGAGCGUCGGGUGGGGGCCCUAAAUAAAAAAAAAUAACCCCCCUCCCGCAGGUGACUAGGGGUCCCCAAACCCCUAGUCACCCCCUUUCCCCAAAAAAUUACCCCUACCUACCCCCCCUCACCCUAAAAAUAAUGAGGGGGGGCAUUUAACUGUAAGUACCUGUAAAAAAAAUAAAAAUAAACUUACCAUUUGAUGUUUUCUUUCUUCUAAAAUCUUCUUUUUUCAGCCCCAAAAAAGGCCAAAUAAAAAUCCAAUAAGCGAUGCAAUUAAAAACAAACAAAGAAGAAAAAAAAAACGAGCGAAAAAAAAAAUCCAUCUUCACCCAGAGAGGGCUCAGCGCAGACUGAGCUCUGCAGGGCAGGGGAAGGCUUAUAAAGCCUUGCCCCGCCCUGCAAUUAGGCUCAGAGCACUCUGAUUGGUGGGUUUAAGCCAGCCAAUCAGAGUGCUCUGACAGGUAAAUGAAGAGACUGACAGGUAAAUCUCUACAUUUACCUGUCACAGCACUCUGAUUGGUUGGUUUAAAAUCCACCAAUCAGAGUGCUCUGUGUCAUUUUACACAGCAUGAGGAAAGUUCUUUGGAAUUUUCUCACGCUGUGUAAUUUGCCUCAUAAUACUCUGAUUGGUGGAUUAAGUAACCAAUCAGAGAGUUAUGAGUCAAAUUACACAGCGUGGGAAAAUUCCAAAGAGCUUUCCCACACUGUGUAAAAUGACACAGAGCACUCUGAUUUAUGGAUUUCAAAUUAGGUCCUCCCCCCUCAUUCUAACUUAGGGCCCCCACCCACUGCUCAGGGGUGGGUGCCAGGGGGGAGGACAUUAGGUCCAGGGGGUAGGAUAUUAGGUCCCCCCCAAUUAUUAUUUAGGGCCUCCACCCACCGCUCAGGGGUGGGGGCCAGGGGGGAGGACAUUACGUCCCCCCUAAUUAGUAUUUAGGGCCCCCAUCCACCGCUCAGGGGUGGGGGCCAGGGGGGAGGACAUUACGUCCCCCCUAAUUAGUAUUUAGGGCCCCCAUCCACCGCUCAGGGGUGGGGGCCGGGGGGAGGACAUUAGGUUCCCCCCCCUUAUUGGUAUUUAGGGGGGUACAUUAUGUCCCCCCCCUAUUCUGAUUUAGGGCCCCCACCCGCCGCUCAGAGGUGGGGGCCAGGGGGAGGACAAUAGGUCCCCCCCCUUAUUUUACUUUAGGGCCCCCGCCAUUCGGGGGGGGCAAUAGGUCCCCCUUCAGGUUAGGAGGUGGAUGGGGCCACAGGCUGCUCACUGUUUAAUAGACAUGCCCCUACUCGUGGUAUAGCGAGUAGGGGCAUAAUUUACUAAUACUAAGUAAUCUUUACUUAGUAUUAGUAAAUUUGGCUGAAAGACCAAUUUAGGUCUUUCAGCCUUUUAGUAGAUAACUCCCUAAUUUCCACGGUAUUAGGGAGCUAUCUACUUAUUCAUUCCUGCCAUUACAUUUUUUUUUUUUAUAAAUCUGUUUUUAUUGAUAAGUGGUUCAAAUAUGCAGUACAUGCUUCAAAAAGCUUUACAAGUUAAGACACGCAGGUCUCCAACAUAGCAUCAAUUUGAGGAUGUUAAUCACAUUAUGUCGGGGUUCUCGUCCGUAUUUCCCCAUGAGUUUCAUUACUUUUUAUUUAUUUUAUUUUUUGUAAGUCUUUUUCGUUAUGUGACAGAGUGAAAUAACAGUCGUAAUGAUGCAUAAUAUUUGACAUCGUGCAGUACGCCAAAAUAUGCAGGUCGGGAGGAGAGGUCCUGUACUGUUUUUGUAACGUAAAGGUUUCGUUUCCCUCAUUCCUCUCACUCUGUAGUUCCAUCUCCCCACCUCCUUCCAUUUGACUUUAUUACUUCGCCUCGUUAUGUCAGGUGAUAGAAUAUGUGGGUGUCUCUAGGUGUGAGUUAGUGAGAUGUGUAAGGUAGGGAGAUAUAACGGUGAGACUCACGGGUCUUUGCGUUCCAGAUGUGUAUGCGGGUCUUUAGCGUGCCAUGAGAGUAAGUUUAGUGGGUUGUAUAAUACGUGUCCCCAUUUCUAGUGUGUUAUCUUAUAUGGCUAGGGGUGUUGUCAUUACUACUUGUAGCAGAGUCUAUAGUUCGUGAAAUUUCCCAUGCGUGAUGUCUUGGUGUCGUUAGUGGUGUGUGUGUCGUAGACCUAGUAAUGUGUGAUUGUAGUGGAGUUAAGAUGUUGCGUGUCUGCUAUAUGAGCGUAAGCUCUACUUUAAACAUUUUGAUACCGGAACAUUUAGCAAGGCAUGGUUUGGCUCACGUUUCCCUAGGGAGUCUGAGCACUCCUCAGAUCCCGUCAGGAGUGGGUGUUCCUCUCCUUAGAGUUUCAGAGGUCGAUAGAUUUUCCUUUUUCUCUUACCCUUCCCUUUUUUGCCCUCUUUGUUUUUAUCGUAAUGUAUCUCUCCGAUCCCGAUCCCGAUUCCCCGGUCCCGGGGCCCGUCCAGCGAAACGGAAGAAAGAAAGAGAGGUAAGAAGAGAGAGGAAGAAAAGAAGAAGAAGAGGAAAGUAAGAGAGAGAGGGAGAAAGAAAAAAAAAAAGAAAAAAAAAGAAAAAAAGGAGGGGGGGAGGGAGAUAUGGCUAAGGGGGGGGUGGACUGUGUCUUGUGGGAUCCGCAUCUGAUGUUGCCCCGUCAGUGGGUUCGGGGGCGUUACCUGCCUGUCUGUAGCGGGUAAUAUAUAGGAACCAUGGUCCUGCCAUUACAUUGACAUUUUACAUUUUAUAUGAAUGUGUGUUACUUGAUUGUUGUAAGUGUUGCAAAUGCUUACAGCUGAAUCCUAGCUAUGUUUGUAUACUUUUUAUUUUAAAUUGUAUACAGUGUAACAUUCUUCUUCUUCCACUGGGUAAGUAUAUUAGUAUUUAGGCAAAACUGUACUUUGGAACUUCAGCAAUUCGGCACUUCAGCAACUUCAGAACUUCGGAACUUCGACACUUCGGUAAUUUCGGAACUUCGGGACCUCGGUAAUUCAGCACUGCGGCUAUUCGGAAGUACCCGAAUGUCCGAAUUGCCCGAAAUUCGUCCGAAUACAUAUUGGGCCCGAAACGAAUUGCAUGUCUACUUAUUACUAAUAAGCAUUUUUUCUGCCUUUUUGACACACAAAGUGAGUUUGCACAGUAUAUUUUGCAAAUCGUAUGUGUGCUACGACUUCAUAUGUUGCUCAGCUAUGUCGGCUGAGUACAGCAAUACCCCCGUAUGUACCUUUGCCAGGUAUAUGUGGACAUCGGAGGGGCACAUUUGCGACACAGCCAUUCCAGUUUUUUUCAAAACUUAAAAUUUUUACGCUGUGCCCAUGUCCCAUUUUAGAGUAUUUUACCAGGGUAUAUAAUCCAAAUACCUCAUGAAUCCAUACCAUUUCUUAAAGAAGACAUCCCAGGAUAUUUCAAAAGGCAUAUUUUGAACCUUAUUGUAGGAUCAUUUUUCCGCUAGAUUGUACCAAGUGUAGUGGUAAUAAGCAUUUUUUCUGCAUUCUUGACACACGUAGUGAGUUUACACAGUAUAUUUUGCAAAACCUUAUGUGUGCUACGACUGUAUAAUACUACAUAUGUUGCUCAGCAAUAUCAUCUGAGUACAGCAAUACCCCCGGUGGUAAUGAGCAUUUUUAAAUGUAUUAUUUUACUUUUUUCAACUUUUUUUAUUUUUUAAAACUAGUUUUUAAACUUUUUGCGUAUUAAUUUUUAAAACUUUCCUAAACGUUAAACUUUUUUUUUAUAGAUUUAACAUUUUUAGAAGCUUUUUUUUUACCGUUAACCCCUUACUAGUAGUAAGCAGCACUAACCCUAAAUUCCCCAAUUUCCCAUAACUCCCACCCACCCCAGCUAGCAAAAUAUAUAAUUUAAAAAUAUUUAUAUUAAUUAAUUAGAUAAAUUGAACUAUCUCUUUUUUGCUCUUUGUAUGCUUUAGGUACAAUAUAUUGUUUAAGAUUAUUAUAAUAAGUACAGAUAUACACAGCAAAGCUUAGCUAAUUUUUCCAUUCCCUUUAACCACAGUUCUUUUCUUCCUCCUGUCCUUUGACCUAUUGCUUCACCUUGAUUGGCCAUGUAUGUCACAUGACUUCAGUGAGGGCACACCGGUCAUUUUUGUGGCAUUGCUGCUCACAAACUCAAGGAACACAGAUAUUGUUUUUUUACACACUAAUGCAAGCAAAAAAAGUCCAGCAGACAAAUUAUAUAUUUUAGAAACUGCACAUUGAUAUAGAUUUAUUCCUAGAAUCACUAUAAAAGAAGGGAAUGGCAAAUGAUAAAAAAGUUACCCUAUAUGAACGUAAAUUAAUCAGAUUAUUUGAUCUCUUUGUCUUCACCCCUGUCUUCUCAAAAUAUGAUUUGCACACUUUAUGUAUUGAGUUGCAACCACACAAUUAGCUUUCUGAUUUUUCACAUUAAUGAUCAGGUAUACCUAAUAUUCUGAGUGCAUUUAUGUACAUGUUUAUAUAAUGACACAUGCACACAGUGGCCUGCACAAGUAUAUCAACAUAUGAACAGCUUUCUCAUGACAAUGAAUUACAUGUUGUUGUUCAUAUUUAUAUCACCAAAGCAAAGGGAAUUCAGGUAGUUCAAAGUGACAUGUUUUUGUUUUUUUUAAAUUCUUUAUUUUUGUAGUGCAAAAAACGGUACAUGACAUUAUUGCACAGUCGUUAUUCGGCAUGUGCCAACCUUUAACUUUAAUAACACUCAGACACCCAUAAGUUCUGUUGGAGUAUAAUGUCCACAGCUUUAUUAAUUAAUAUAAGUAUAUAAAUUAACAAUUUAGAGUCACAGUACUCCUUUCGUUCCCCUCUCUCCUGUACCAUACCCCCAACAAUGACCCUACCAAAGAACAAACAUUAACAUAACCAAUAAUACAGAACAUGUAACUCACGGCCUACCAAGAGGCCCCACCUCCAUUUGUCUAACUGCAGGGGUGUACCCAGACACCCCUACACCCCUUGGUUCAUAGCCACCGAUGGGCUGGAACCUACCUCCACACUUUUAACUCCGGCCUACUCCAGCCUAGACCUUGGCCUAUCAAUUUCCUAACCCACCAAACUUCCUGUUUAACCAAGACCUUUUCCGCCACAGCACGUGCCUUGACCCCUUAAGGACAUGUGCGACCCCCACCACACAAAAACAGGGCUUGCACUUUCUGCAAACCUAAGUUAAAAAGGUCACAACCUACAUCCGACAGGUGCACCCCAUCUGAUCGAAAGUACUCGGGUAACUUUUCCUCCAAUUCCCGAUGGCGCACCACUACCCCUCCUAACCUACGAACAAACACCGCCAUGGUCUUGUUUACCUUACCCCGACAUCGAGCAACUACAGCUGAAUCCGUGUCUCCAGCUCAACCGAGGCACCAUCUCCGACCAUACCACCUUACGUCAGGGAUCAGCCCCAGAAGUCGAUCCACAUGCUGCUUCAUUCGUUUAACCAGUUCACGUUGGGGGACCAAACCUAAGUCGUUUCUCCCCCCAUGAACUACUACAACAUUUGGUAAAGCCUCCUUCGCAACCUUUUGAAACAUCGCUAUACUAAUGUGCUGCCAAUCAAACCCCCAAUAACCAAACCAGGAAAACGCCACCCGUUCCACAGGAAAGCCCAGCUGUGUUCCGUUUCUUAGAACUGCAGCCCUCUUCUGUGCCCAAUAGAUAUACAAAUGGCCAAUUAUCCACACCGUCCAACCUAAAAAAGAAAACACAACAGCGAUAAAGCAGCAUAUACUCCCCCAAACUCUCCCCACAUUGUCAGCUGCAGAUACGAGCGGAACCUUAGUGAUUCCCAUCUCCCGAUCCGUUUAAUCUGCUCGUCUCCUAAGCCCAGGCGCGCAGCUUCAGUCGCUGCAGCUAUACGGAAUUAAUGUGUUCCGAACUGCAUAGGCUCCAGUCCUAACUUCUGUAAGCCCAACCGGAAAACCCUCACAAAUUGGAAGCGCGACAGCGCUGUGCCGUCGGCAUGUAUAAAGAAACAUCCUUUCACCUCCGGUCGGUUUUCCAAAAACCCGGCCCCACUCGCCACUGGACACAACCCACACCCCGGUAAUUCAACAUGACCAUGGAACCUUUCCCGAAGACAUCCGUCGUAUCUUUACCCUGUCCCCACCAACCGUCACGUCUUCCAACCUGAGCCCACCAACCCCCUUCUUGUUGGUGCUAACCUAUUCUCCUAUCCGAAACGCCCCAAAAAAGGCCCAUGAAAACGCUACCGUAAACAACGCCAGUUCGAACGCAGAAAAACAUAUGUCAGGUAGCUUGCCUAUCAACCCUUGCAAUACCGUGAAUGAAACUGGCCUUCUCGUAUCUCCUGUUUUCUUACCCUUCUUGAAUCCCCGUACCGCUUGCCUCACUAUAAAAUGCUUCAUCACAUCAUCCCAGCCAUUGAACUUGAACAAGAAUGCUAACGCUGACAAGUGCCUAUCCACCAUCGAUGGCGAUGAUUGCUUUGUGAACAAGCGGCAUAGGAUCCAUAACAGCACGGAUGAGGACCAAGUCCCAGGCGCCAAAGACUUCUUUAUGUACUCCCCAAGCAGGACGUCCCGAGCUGCCACAUCUCUGCUGGACAAGCUUGUCCCGUUUCCUUCGCCUCUGGCACCGCCUCCCAAAAACGAUCCCACUGUAAGCGAGACAGCGCAUCAGCGACUACAUUGGUUAGCCCUGGAAUAUGUCUAGCUCGAAACACAAUAUUAAACAACAUGCAUAAGAGUACUAAUUGUCUUAGUAACCAUACCACCGGCCACGAAGAAGCAGAUAACCCGCUGAUUGCCUGCACCACUGCCAUGUUAUCCGAAUUGAACACCACUCUUUUAUUGGCUAGCUCUGAACCCCAUAAUGCUACCGCUACGACCACCGGGAAAAAUUCCAAAAACGCCAUUGGGCUCGCUUUCCGGGCCUCAGGCCACCUCUCUGCGCACCAUUGUCCCGCUAGGUACGCCCCAAACCCGACGCUACCCGAUGCGUCUAUAAACAAGCCCACGUCUUCUGAUGACCCCACUGGUUCCCGAAAAACACUCUCCUAUUAAACUCCUGCAAAAACCUUGCCCAUACCCCCAUGUCUUCUUUAAUGUCUACCGACACUCUGACAUAAUGCGAUGUUUUUUUCACCCCGCUCGUUGCCCGCGCCAAUUGCCUGCAGAAGACCCUCCCCAUGGGAAAUACCCGACAUGCAAAAUUCAGGCUCCCUAUUAACGACCGAAGCUCACGCAAGGUGACCUUCCUUGCCUUCUUAACCGUGUCCACCAAUUGCCUAAGGGCGUGCAGCUUGUCCCAAGGCGACCUGCAUUCCCUUCGUACUGAGUCGAUCUCCAACCCCAGAAAGCUGAGGCACGUAGUGGGCCCCACCGUUUUGUCCUCUGCUAACGGCACCCCGAACGUAUGCGCCACCCACUGAAAGACCUGCAAUAUUUGGCUAUAGUGCUCUGUUCCUGGCGGGCCGACGCAUAAAAAAUCGUCACAGUAGUGCACCACUGCACCCCCUGCCAAUUCCCGCCGCACCACCCACUCCAAAAAGGUGCUAAAUCUCUAGAAGUAAACGUAUGAGAUGGUGCAUCCCAUAGGUAGGCACAAGUCCACGAAAUACCCCCCUUCGAAAUAACACCCCAGUAGGUGAUGACAAUCCGGGUGUAUGGGAAGCAGCCUGAACGUAACUUUCACAUCCACUUUCGCCAUCAGUGCCCCAUGCCCUGCUUUCCUUACCAACUUGACAGCCUUGUCAAAUAAUGAGUAGGAAACAAAACACAGAGCCUCGUCGAUAUCAUCAUUUACCGAUGCCCCCUUUGGGUACGAUAAAUGAUGUAUCAUACGGAAUUUACCAACCUCCUUCUUGGGGACCACCCCAAGUGGAGACAAUCGGAAACCUACUAAUGGUGGGGAAGCGAAUGGCCUCGCCAUCCUCCCCAAUUGCACUUCCUUGCAUAACUUUUCUCUAGCUACCCCUGGAUGCUCCCACACCGACCGAAGAUUUUCACAUAACUCACCCAGACCCUUGUCUUGAAACGGAAUCACGAAACCCUCCGUAAAGCCUAGCCAUAAGAACCUUGCCACCUCUUGGUUAGCGUAUAGUUUUAACCAAGGCAGCAUCGUGCCUACCUUCACCGGUGACACCCCCAGCUGCAGUUGUGGUGGCUGUUGAGCCGGUGGCCCCCCUCCCCAUGUUCGGCUUGCCUUUCUUAAAGUAUCUUGAGACUCUGUGAUUACCCCCGCAGCCGGAGCACUCGUGCUUGAAUCUACAUGAUGCACCGCACUUGCAUUGGCCCUCAUUAUAGAGCCAGCAGAAAACUUUCUUCUGACCUGCCGACACGGUCCCGCUUGAGCCCGCACCGGUCGCUCCGAGAAAGGGGGCACUCUUUUGUGCCAUCAUCAGCCUCAUCCACAUUGAUUGGUUUUCGGCUAACCAUUGAUGAAAUUGUUCGUCAUAUUUCCACCAUGCUAGUCCCCUGUAGGUCCGAUAGGCGUCCCCUAUCCCGCCUAGAUAACAAAAGAGCUGCGAACAGCGAUCUGGGCACUUUUCCCAGAUUACGCUCGCUAAGAUACAAAAGGCCCUCAACCAGUUCCCAAAAGUCUUGGGUAUCUUCCGAUACCUUCGCCUUUUUUCCACUUCCUCCUUCUUUGCAUACUUCUUAUGCUCCUCUUUCAAAUCUAAAAACUCUUCCAGGGGAAGUAGUGAAAAUAUUUCCACAAAGUCCCCUUUCCAUAUUUUAUCCUUAACCUCCGCCUUUAAGUGACACCCCAGCGGUCCCGCAAAAGAAACAUGCACGUUUUGCCGCGCUGCAUCCGAUACUUCCCCGCAUCGACCUACAUGCUCACCUGCGCCUUCCGUCGCUCCUAGACCCGGUUCUGCGGCACCCUCACCCACUUUGGUCGCUGCCGCCACUGCGGGCCUAACCCCUGCCUCCCGACUGCCUUCCGCAGCCCAACUCUCUCGAACUGUGGUGGCGACCCCCCGUCCCUGACCAUGAUUCUAAUAGUGAUCUUAAACACCCUAGUAGACUCCCCGAGUGUGGUGCAGUUGGUGACUCACCGCUUAGGUCCCCGGCCGCUGCUGGCUGCGGGGGCACCAUCCUUUCUUUCGCAUCGACUGGCUCAGAAGUAACCAGGGGACGCCGACUCCUGACCGCCUGUUCAUGUUUUGAUCUUGUGGGUGUCCUACUCAUCGACCUGCAAGGAGAAUACAGCCUGGGUGGUCUGUUCGACUGCAGCCUCACCCGCCCUUCGUCCCUGCGCUCUGACCUGUCACCCCAACUCCCGCACCUAUGCCUUGUUCGUUCAUCCCGCUCGCUUCCUCUCCUCCUCUAAGCAGCGUAGUUCCUCUCUGACGACCCUGACCUACUGCGCCUCAGCCUCAGCCACCUGUCCUUGGAAUUGGACCUUCUCCUACUGCUCCGGCUCCCCGCUGGGCUCCUGUCCCCGUUCCUCCCACUGCAUUCGGAUUCCUUCCUGCUGCCUUGCCAGUUCGCCCCUCCACGCUAUGUUCCCCUGUCUUCACUUCUGCUGGCGCUCCUCCUAUCCCGUUUCUCCUGGGAGCGACCCCUGAUGGCCUCCCGCUCACCACUGUCCCGAAAUCCUCAUUCUUCCUGGCAUGUUACCUGCCGCCCAGUGCUUUCUGUUCCCGUCUUCCUCCCUUCCUUCUCUCCCGAUUGACUGCCUUCACUCCGCUCCCGACUGCCGCUUUUCCCUUCUCUCAUGUCCCCAGUAAACCUGGCGCUGUUCCCUUCUCUCACUCCUCCUAUGAUCCUGGCCACACUAUCCCUCCUCUGUUCCCUCUCGUCCUCAGCACCUUCUGUCCUGUGUCUAACGUCGGCUGCCUCCUGCUGUGCCCUGCUGUCCUGGUCCCCUUCCCUGUCCUGUGAGACCGCAGUCUUGCUGCUGCCUGCACUUCUCUCUCCCCCUGCCUCUCAGUGCUGCCCCCAGGGGGCGACUCACCGGAACAACUUGAGCUGCUCCUGGGCUCUGCUGCUGCUGUCCUCUCCUCCCUCUCCAAUCUGGCACCGGUGGUCUUAGUCGCCUGCCCGCCCACCGCCAUCCUGCAGGGGGCGCUCAUCGAUGGCGGCCUCUUUCUGGCCUUGACCUCACUACCCCGGCGCUGUGCCUGACAGGCUGCCCCGGCCGACAAUCUGUUCCUCCUCGCUUUCUGGCCGCCAUCUCCUGCAUCUGUGGACUGCCUGCCGCCGAACUCCUCCUCCGUCGUGCUGCUGGGCCUGCUCCCGGGCUAAGCCGCCCGAGGCGGCCUUGUUCUUCUCUCUGGCCUCCAGUUCGGCAACGCAUGGGGGGAGAGCAGAUGUGCUCGGGACCCCCAGCUGCUCCUGCAGCCACGCCAUACCCCUCUCCCUCACCACCGACCGCACACCCGACAAGAUCUCCUCCAGGGAUGCCAUGCUGCACCUGAAAAAGAAGAAAAGAACAGCCCUGCCGACCUGCACAAUUUACAGGUAAGUAAGGCUCAAGUUAAAAUGGCCAUACCUUAAAAUGGCCACUAUGUAACUUCCCCUCCUACCCCCUCCCCCUGCAUUACCAUAGGUCAGCCCCUUGACCUACACUUCACCUGCCUACUCCUGGCUCCGUCAAGGCCCACUCCUCCCUGCGUUGCUCCGUGGUUUCAGAUAGGCUUGCAGUGCCACAACAGCUAGUGCAAGUUGUUCUUUCAAUAUAGGUUAACAAUUGUUGGCAUCAAUAACAUAGCACAUUUUUUAGUAUAUUGCGUUACUAAUACUGGAAGUAUAACCAGACUAGUAUGCAGCUCCUGCCGAAGGGUCGCCAGAUAGGUGUUCUAUAUCUACACGCGGGGUAGGGUGCCUGAGAUGCCUCUAAUACCAAAUGGGUUGAAUAGAGUCCAAGGGACUGAAAGCAGGUUUAAGAGGCUUGUGACCCCUUUGUAGACUAAUGCAGUGGUUCCCAACCCAUGGUACGCAUACCCCCAGGGCCAGGGGUACAAUUCAGGGGGUACGCAUAAAAAUCCCGGUAAUGGCAGCGGUGCUACCGCCACACACUGGCUGGGGACCGCAUGGUGAGCGGGUCCAUUGGGUGGCCCAUGCACUCAGGGCCACCCAAUGGAUAUGUGCUAUGAGGGGCCCGGUCGUGCGCUUUAAUAGCGCAACCGGGCCCCUUCUAACAUGCCCGGGAUGCUGGGAGGAAGUGAGAGCUAGGCGCACACUUCCUCCCAGCUGUAACACAUAGAGCCGCGCAGGAGGAGGCCGCGAAGGGGGGCUGACCGGACCAGGAAAGGAAAUCUUCUCCCUCAACUCCCAACAAGCACAGCCAGCAAAUGCCACUCAAGAGGUAUGUGUAUGUGUGUUUUGGGUUUCAGAAUGUAUGUAGUGUUUGAAUCUGUAUAUCUUUAUGUCUCUGUGUGUACCCAGUGGUGUAUCCUGGUUUUGUGCUGCCCUAGGCAGGACAAAACUCAGGCACCCCCCUCCCCCCGCGCCACCCCCACCCAACCCUUCCCCCCCACCCCACCUUCUAAAUACACACACUCACAAACAGUCAGACACACAUAGUUACAUAGUUACAUAGCUGAAAAGAGACUUGCGUCCAUCAAGUUCAGCCUACCUCACAUUUGUUUUUUGCUGUUGAUCCAAAAGAAGGCAAAAAAACCCAGUUUGAAGCACAAUUUUGCAACAAGCUAGGAAAAAAAUUCCUUCUUGACCCUAGAAUGGCAGUCAGAUUUAUCCUUGGAUCAAGCAGUUAUUACCCUACAUUGAAAGAUUAUAUCCUUGAAUAUUCUGUUCUUGCAAGUAUGCAUCUAGUAGCCGCUUGAACAUCUGUAUGGACUCUGAUAAAACCACUUCCUCAGGCAGAGAAUUCCACAUCCUGAUUGUUCUUACAGUAAAAAAACCUUUCCUUUGCCUUAGGCGAAAACUUCUUUCUUCCAGUCUAAACGCAUGGCCUCGUGUCCUAUGUAAAGUCCGGUUUGUGAAUAGAUUUCCACACAAUGGUUUGUAUUGGCCCCGAAUAUAUUUGUAUAAUGUUAUCACAUCCCCUCUCAGGCGACGCUUUUCUAAACUAAAUAGGUUUAAAUUUGUUAACCUUUCUUCAUAGCCAAUAUGUUCCAUUCCUUUUAUUAGUUUUGUAGCCCGCCUCUGCACUUUUUCUAGUGCCAUAAUAUCCUUCUUUAGAACAGGUGCCCAAAAUUGCACAGCAUAUUCAAUAUGGGGACUUACCAGUGAUUUAUAAAGAGGCAAAAUUAUAUUCUUGUCCCGAGAAUGAAUGCCCUUUUUCAUGCAUGACAAUACCUUACUGGCCUUGGCUACUGCUGAUUGACAUUGCACAUUGUUGCAUAGUUUGUUGUCUAUAACAAUUCCCAAGUCCUUUUCAUGUGUUGUUAUCCCUAUUUCGCUUCCAUUAAGGGUAUACGUUGCUUGUGUAUUCUUUACGCCGAAGUGCAUAACUUUGCAUUUUUCAACAUUAAAUUUCAUCUGCCAUUUGAGUGCCCAGUCCCCCAGUCUAUCUAAAUCCCUCUGCAGCAAAGUAAUAUCUUGUGGUGGAGGGAAUGGAAGGACGAGUGAGCUAGCCUUGCUACCGAGCCCCACGUCCUCCCCCUCAGGUUAGUUGGGGAGUUGGGGGAGUCAUUUGGUACUUUUAGGUCAAUAGAAGGCAGAGCCUGGGUGCGACUGGUCCUGUCGGGGCCUCUGUGGGGUACUUAGAGAUUUACUACCAUGGAAGAGACAUGUUCCAUUCCAGCCAGGGGUCCCAUACUUUGUGGAAGGUUUGAGGCGUCUUGUUUAUAUGUGCUGUGAGUCUGUCCGUGUCUAUGCUAUCUUGUAUUUUCCUGGCUAUCGCCUUCUGUGUGGGUAGUCCUGUGGUCGACCAUACCUCUCCGAUUGCCCUGCGUGUGGCAAGAGCUACUCAAGCGAUCAAUUUGUUUUCAGCCCUUGUGUGGGUUUUUAGUGGUUUAGAUAAUAGUAGGGCCUAAGGAUCCAUUGGGCAGGGUUUGGUCAGAAUUCUAGUGAGGAGGGAUGUGAUGGAGUGCCAGGUAGGUUUUAGUUUAUGGCAGGUCCACCAGCAAUGGUAGAAUGUCCCCACUUCCCCGCAUAGUUUCCAGCAUAGGUUUGUAGGUAAGCAAUGCAUGAUGGCCAGUCUUUGGGGUGUUAAGUACUAGUGGAAAAGCAUUUUAUAUGCUUGCUCCUUAUGGGUUACACAGAUUGUAAGAUAGGACAUUGCCUCCCAUCUUUCCGACCAGUCCAAAGCAUCAUGUCUGUUUCCCAAGCUGCUAUGCAUGGUAGAGUUAUUUGUUUUGAAUGUGUUGUAAUUUGAAGGUAGAGAUCGGAUAUUUGGCCUUUCCUGGUUGGGGCUGCCACGCAGUCCCUUUCGAAGCUAGUAAGGUGGGCUUUGCCUGCCUCUGUUGGAUGCUAGGUGAUGCAGCGAAGCUGCAGAGUUGCAUGUAUCUGAAAUAAUCAUAUGUAGAUAGAGAUGCGGAGUCCAUAAUUGCCUUGGUAUAACAAAAACUGAAUGUUCAUUGUCCACCCAUCUUUUCUUUGAAAGUGCCACAUCUGUAUUUGGGCUAGAUGGGCUGCAUAUAAAUAGUGUAGGAGGUUGGGGAGGUCCAGGCCUCAUGAUUUUUUAGGCACGUAUAGUGUUUACGGGCGGAACCAUUCCAUAUGAAUUUGUUUAUAGCCGAUUGUAAAGUGGUAAGGUCCAAUUUGUGGAAUGGGACAAGGAGGGCCUGGAAGACAUAUAGAAAUCGGGGGAGGAGAUUCAUCUUGACGGAGACGACAUGGACCAUCCAUGAGAUCCCCAAUGUUUCCCAUUUAAGAUCUGUGAACGCUUUUUCCAGCAUAGGUACAUAAUUUGUUUGAUAUAGGGACACUACAUCAGUGGUGAGUCGUAUGCCCAGGUAGGUCAUGGCAGAUUUACAAAUGAGCAGUGGCAACUUGGCUUGACGUUAUGUGGAUCGGGAGGAGUUCGGAUUUCGCCAAGUUGAGUUUAUAACCUGAGAUUAUGGAGUAGGAAUGGAUCAGUUGUAGUAAAUUGUCAAUAGAGGUUGCCGGGUUUGUCAAAGUGAGGAGGACUGUCUCUGCAUUUGCGGAGACUUUGAAGGGUAGUCCUCUGAUCCCCUCCACUCCUGGGCUGGACCAUAUCACCUACAGGAGAGGUUCCAGGGAGAGAGCAAACUAGAGGGGGGUGAGUGGGCAUUCCUGUCUCGUCCUGUUGGAGAUGGCAAAUCUAGGGAAAGUGAUGUUGAGUAGGAGCAGUGCUCCCUGCAACAGGUGUGUGGCGUAACCACUGCCUGUCCGUUAUUUCCCUUUCUUUAUAAUGUGUAUGUUUUUCCCAUAGAUAUAGGGAUUUUGGGAAAAAAACAGUACAAAGUGGUGCUACUAUCACCUAGUGUGAAUCACUCAACCACACAAAUAAAGUGUACAUAAAAUAUAAAAGGCGGUGAGAGCACUCUAAAGCAUGCAAUUAAGAUUAUUACCAGAUUGAUCUUGAGUUCAACUCUAAAAACAACAAGAUAAAAGAAACAUAGAGUAGUAUUGCCAGAUUACAAAUAUUGUUAGUAAAAUACUGGAAAAACUCACAUGUUACUGAGUCACUUAAAAAGCUGACUCAGACUAAAAGCUUGUAGUGGAGAUGAAUAUUCCUUUAGACUGGACGUCCUUUGGAUAAAUUUCUUCUGGAUAUUAAUAUAAUAAUUAUUCCAGGAUACAGUUCCAAAGUAAAACUAAUUUAUUGAUUAAAACAAAAGUUUUAAAAUCAAACAUAAAAUAAAAUUGUCCAUAUGCAGUUACCACGACGCGUUUCGGCAAGAUAGCCUUUCUCAAGUGGUUUGUGUUCAUCUCCAUGAUUGCAGCUUUUAAAUUCAAAAGUUUGGCGCCCUUUCUCACUGUUUCCGGUUCUCUUUACUUCCGUUUUCGUCAUCGGUAAUCGUCCGACGUGUCCCACACGUCAUGGCGUCAUCUUUCGUCGUCCGGCGUGUCCCACACGUCAUGACGUCAUUCCGGCACCCCGGACCGGAAGUGUUGCGGGCGCCAUUUUUAAAAGUCCUUUUCCUACUUAUUUUGCCCAGUCUCUCUCAAGUGACGAGCAAUUGAAGCAUAAAAAAGUUAUAUAUAUAAAAUUUUGAUAUAAACCUUCUCCAAAAAAGGGGGAAACAUAUAUAUUAUUAAACAAGAGGAAAUAUCAUAUACAAUAUAUGCAAGUUAAGAUCCAAACAGAUGUGUAAUAAAAUAAAUAUUAAAAUAACAAUAGUUAUAAUAAUAAUAACUUUAAAUAAUUAAAAUGUAUUUAUAUAUAGGAAUUGACCUCAAAAUCUAUAUUUAGACCACAUGGGGAUAAAGUUUGCAUGUUAAAAAUCCAUUUCAUUUCGGUUUUGUUCAGGAGAUUUUCUAUGUCUCCUCCCCUCCAAUGUGUUUUGACCCCUUCUAUACCCAUAAAGUCAAAGCCUUGUAUGUUACCCCCAUGUACUUCUAAAAAGUGUUUAGACACAUUAUGUAGAAUAUAUUUUCUAUUAAUAUUAUAAAUAUGUUCUCUAAUUCUUAUUUUUAGUGGUCUAGAUGUUCUACCUAUAUAUUGAUAUCCACAUGGACAGGUGAUCAUAUAAAUUAUAUUUUUAGAGUUGCAGGUUAAAAAAGAUUUGAUAUCAUACGAUCUUUUAUUAAAAAAAGAAUCAAAUUUAGUAACAGUUUUAUUUUUAUGUUUUCUUAAAGUGCACCCUCUACAUGACCCACAAUAAUAAAAGCCAUGGUCCCUUUUAAACAUAGUUAAAAGUUGAGGAUUUUUUUCUUUCUCUAAAAAACUUGAAGUUAAAACCUGUUUAAAAUUCUUUGCUCCUCUAAAAAUGACUUUGGGUUUAGUUCCUAUAUAUUGUUGUACAUCUUGAUCCUGCUCCAAAAUGUGCCAGUUCUUCCUGAUUAUUUUUUGUAAUUCAUUACUGUUUGAGCUAUAAUUAAAAAUAAUAGGUAUAGUAAGAUCAUCAUCCCUUAAUUCUUUUGUUUUAGAUUUUAAAAUGUUUUCCCUAGAUUCUUGUCCUACUCCUUCUUUUAAUCUUUUUAAUUCAUCAUAGUUAUACCCCUUUUCCACUAGUUGAUUAAUUAAAAUCUGAGUUUGUUCAUCAUAUUGUUGGGUUUCUGUACAGUUUCGCUUGAUCCUUAAAAAUUGUCCCUUAGGUAUAUUCGUUAACCAGGGUUUAAAAUGGCAACUUUUCAAAUUAAUAAAACUAUUUACAUCUACUAAUUUAAAAAAAGUUUUACUUUUAAUUUGGUUGUCUUCCACAUAAAUAUUCAAAUCUAAAAAAUUAACUUGUUGAGAACUGAUUUCAAGUAAAAUCUAGAACAGGAGAAAGGAGAAAUCCCUUUAGAGGUAAUAAUUAUGACAAAAAUAAUUUUAAUAGGAUCAAUUAUGACCGAAACUCUAAAUAUUCUCCCCCUAGGAAACAAGAAAAAUCCAUAACUGUUUCAAACAGAUAUAGUCAUCUACAACAUUUAAAUGAGGAGGAUCUUUUUUUAGGCCAGACGAUGAGCAGAAUGAAAGGGAAUCUAAAAACACAAACCCCAAUAAAAAGGGGAAGACAAGAAGAGGGAAUAGAAAACAAAAAAGAGGAGAAGAGGAGGAGGGAGGAUUUAGCAAAAAGACCCCAACGGACAUAAGAAUCUUCAACCUUUCGGAUAAAAUUUUAAAUGAUGGCCAUAUAAAGGUUUUAAAUAAUGGUUUUAAAUUUGCUCCUAGUUGUGACAUUGACAAAUUUGAGACAUUUUUGGACAUUAAUAGAUUUACGCGCAAAUUAUGUUUAAAAAAGUUUUUUAAUCAAAAGUCCCUUAAUACAAUAGAAGAGAAUAAUGAUGAAAGUUUUAAACAUACUACUUUCAAAAAUAAAUCGAAUUUUUUUCCAAGCUAUUUAAAGUCAGAUGCAAUAAAGGUAUUUGAAAAAAUCUGUAUUAAAGAGCUCAGAGAAAUAAAACCUAUAAAAGAAAGACAAAAAAACCUAACAAAACUUUAAAGAAAAGCAUUACAAGACUUGAAAAAAGAUUCCAGUAUUGUUAUUAAACCAGCCGAUAAGGGGGGGGGGGAGGGGUAGUGAUAUGGCAAAAAGAGAAGUAUCUUGAAGUGAUUUUUGAACAAUUAAAAGAUCAAGAAACCUAUUUACUAUUACCAAAAAACCCCUUAGAAGAAAUAAAAAAGAAAUUAAAAUCAUUUUUAGAUCAUGGAUUAGCAUUAGAGAUAUUAAAUAAAAAAGAAUACGACUUUCUUAAUGUAAAAUUUCCUAGAAUUCCCGUCCUAUAUGUCUUACCAAAAAUUCAUAAGGACAUAAAAAAUCCUCCAGGACGACCAAUAGUCUCUGGAAUUGGCUCCCUUUUAUCUCCUCUGUCCCAGUUUUUAGAUUAUUUUUUACAAGAUCCAGUUAAAAAAUGUCCCUCUUAAGGACACUAUGUCACUUUUACAGAUUUUAAGAGAUUUAAAAUGGGAGGAUGGACUAAUUAUGGCCACUUGUGAUGUCAGUAGCCUCUAUACUAUUAUAGAACACACAAUAGGAUGUGAGGCUGCUAGACAUUUUUUAACUAAAGAGACUCAAUUAAAUUCACAGCAAAUAGAUUUUAUUAUAAAAGGGAUACAAAUAAUCCUCUCCAACAAUUUCUUCUGGUUUGAGAAUAAUUUUUAUUUACAAACAAAGGGAACGGCUAUGGGGACCAGAUUUGCCCCAAGCUAUGCUAAUUUAUUUAUGGCACAUUGGGAGGAAUUGGAGAUUUUUUCUAAAUCAGAAUUUGGGGCAAAUCUGGUCUUGUACAAAAGAUACAUAGAUGAUAUUUUUAUUAUAUGGCGAGGAACAAAAGAGUCCCUUUUAAGUUUUUUAAAUGGUCUUAAUUCAAACAGUUGGAACAUCCAUCUAACAUACGAAAUCAGUUCUCAACAAGUUAAUUUUUUAGAUUUGAAUAUUUAUGUGGAAGACAACCAAAUUAAAAGUAAAACUUUUUUUAAAUUAGUAGAUGUAAAUAGUUUUAUUAAUUUGAAAAGUUGCCAUUUUAAACCCUGGUUAACGAAUAUACCUAAGGGACAAUUUUUAAGGAUCAAGCGAAACUGUAAAGAAACCCAACAAUAUGAUGAACAAACUCAGAUUUUAAUUAAUCAACUAGUGGAAAAGGGGUAUAACUAUGAUGAAUUAAAAAGAUUAAAAGUAGGAGUAGGACAAGAAUCUAGGGAAAACAUUUUAAAAUCUAAAACAAAAGAAUUAAGGGAUGAUGAUCUUACUAUACCUAUUAUUUUUAAUUAUAGCUCAAACAGUAAUGAAUUACAAAAAAUAAUCAGGAAGAACUGGCACAUUUUGGAGCAGGAUCAAGAUGUACAACAAUAUAUAGGAACUAAACCCAAAGUCAUUUUUAGAGGAGCAAAGAAUUUUAAACAGGUUUUAACUUCAAGUUUUUUAGAGAAAGAAAAAAAUCCUCAACUUUUAACUAUGUUUAAAAGGGACCAUGGCUUUUAUUAUUGUGGGUCAUGUAGAGGGUGCACUUUAAGAAAACAUAAAAAUAAAACUGUUACUAAAUUUGAUUCCUUUUUUUAAUAAAAGAUCGUAUGAUAUCAAAUCUUUUUUAACCUGCAACUCUAAAAAUAUAAUUUAUAUGAUCACCUGUCCAUGUGGAUAUCAAUAUAUAGGUAGAACAUCUAGACCACUAAAAAUAAGAAUUAGAGAACAUAUUUAUAAUAUUAAUAGAAAAUAUAUUCUACAUAAUGUGUCUAAACACUUUUUAGAAGUACAUGGGGGUAACAUACAAGGCUUUGACUUUAUGGGUAUAGAAGGGGUCAAAACACAUUGGAGGGGAGGAGACAUAGAAAAUCUCCUGAACAAAACCGAAAUGAAAUGGAUUUUUAACAUGCAAACUUUAUCCCCAUGUGGUCUAAAUAUAGAUUUUGAGGUCAAUUCCUAUAUAUAAAUACAUUUUAAUUAUUUAAAGUUAUUAUUAUUAUAACUAUUGUUAUUUUAAUAUUUAUUUUAUUACACAUCUGUUUGGAUCUUAACUUGCAUAUAUUGUAUAUGAUAUUUCCUCUUGUUUAAUAAUAUAUAUGUUUCCCCCUUUUUUGGAGAAGGUUUAUAUCAAAAUUUUAUGUAUAUAACUUUUUUAUGCUUCAAUUGCUCGUCACUUGAGAGAGACUGGGCAAAAUAAGUAGGAAAAGGACUUUUAAAAAUGGCGCCCGCAACACUUCCGGUCCGGGGUGCCGGAAUGACGUCAUGACGUGUGGGACACGCCGGACGACGAAAGAUGACGCCAUGACGUGUGGGACACGUCGGACGAUUACCGAUGACGAAAACGGAAGUAAAGAGAACCGGAAACAGUGAGAAAGGGCGCCAAACUUUUGAAUUUAAAAGCUGCAAUCAUGGAGAUGAACACAAACCACUUGAGAAAGGCUAUCUUGCCGAAACGCGUCGUGGUAACUGCAUAUGGACAAUUUUAUUUUAUGUUUGAUUUUAAAACUUUUGUUUUAAUCAAUAAAUUAGUUUUACUUUGGAACUGUAUCCUGGAAUAAUUAUUAUAUUAAUAUCCAGAAGAAAUUUAUCCAAAGGACGUCCAGUCUAAAGGAAUAUUCAUCUCCACUACAAGCUUUUAGUCUGAGUCAGCUUUUUAAGUGACUCAGUAACAUGUGAGUUUUUCCAGUAUUUUACUAACAAUAUUUGUAAUCUGGCAAUACUACUCUAUGUUUCUUUUAUCUUGUUGUUUUUAGAGUUGAACUCAAGAUCAAUCUGGUAAUAAUCUUAAUUGCAUGCUUUAGAGUGCUCUCACCGCCUUUUAUAUUUUAUGUAUGUUUUUCUCGUUCUUUCAUGUAUUUUGCCCGCUUCCCGUUCGGGAGGUCUUCCACAAAGGGAAUCCAUUCACCUCCCAAACGGGGACACCCCGAUACCUCAUUUAGAAUGUUACAUUACAACGUUCACACCUCGCUGCAAAGGUGUCAAACCGCAAACUGCAAAGGGAAACUGUUAAUGAGUGCUUCCCUGGGUGGCCGCCAUUCGUACAGACGAACACCACCAGGGGAUGCUUUCAUGGAUUGUUUCCCGACUUGUUCAUCUCUCGAACGAGGACCUCCCUGGUGCCCCAUUGGAACGUUCACCCCAAUUAGUCAGAACGUUCGCACUCGCAACAUAAGUGUGAAACCUCAAGGGAAGUAAUUAAUGAGUGCUUCCCUGGGUGGCCGCCAUUUCAUAUAGACGAACUCCAUCCAUGGGGAGCAUUCGUAUCCCGAAAGAACACGCUUCCCUUGCUGGGUUUCACACAGUUGACCUCGCAAGCGGAACCUGGUCGAGGAAGGUUACCUGAGGUUGGUGGGGACACUCAUGGGGCACUGGCUAGUUUGGCGGGCUUGUCGAUGCCUGCAGGGACAAAGAGACUAGCUCUUUUCCCGCAGGCAGACUUUUCUGUGCCUCUUGGGAAGAGGACCCCCUGGCAGCUAGUGUGGGAAACCCUGUGUUCAAUGAUGGGCUUUGGGGACACGCUAGGGUCCCAGGGAGGGCGAGGAUCUUGGGACGUGGCCGUGUCUGUUUGUGUGGGAAACCCCCUGCACUGUGUGUCGUCCAGUUACUGGGGGAAAUGGGUCUAUUUGUACUUUACAUGGUUCCUGACCGGCUGAAAGAAGGGAAUUAGUAGAGGUAACCAGUCGAGUUACCCGUGGUCUGCUACAAGGUGGUGGGUCGCCUCUAGGAAAAGUAGGAAUUUGGAUGGGAAUCUGAAGUGUGUGAGUGUGGAAUAGAAAGGGCCAGAAUGCCUUCUCGGCGUCCAGAGAUAUGACCGCUGUAGCGAUGUGUCUGUGGCGUGCAAACCAAAUGAGGUCUAUAGCCCUUCUAGUGCUAUCCGCUGCCUGUCUAUUGGGAAUAAACCCUACUUGGUCUGGGUGUACCAAGGAAUCUAGUAGUGGGUUGAUUCUGUUGGCCAUUACUUUAGUAAGGAGUUUUAAGUCCACAUUCUGGAGCUUUGAAGUGUCUUCAAAAGUUACGAGCUUUAGGAGAUCUCUGGAGGUCUCUUUUCAUAGUACUUCUGUUUGAGCCAAAUGAGGGCCUUGAAAGUCUCUUCAAAAAGUUAGGCGCUUUAGGAGGUCUCUGUUAAUUGGGUGAAGAGGGAGGGUCGUGGGUCUUGUUUAUGCUGGGUUUCUAUGCAGUAGAUUUCCACUGUGGUAUCCGUAAUCUAUUGGAUCCGCCGUUUCUUUCUGGCGGUCGCCAUGCUUAUUAACUUUCCGCGAAUCACCACCUUAUGGGCCACACAGAGGGUUAUUGGGAUGUCAUUGUGGGGGCGUUCAGCUCAAAGUUUUCUGCAAGGUCUUUAGAGAGUGUCUCAGUUAUUUCAAUGUCGUGUAACAGGAAAGGGUUACGUUUCCAGGACCAGGGCCGGGUCAGGUUGUGGACAUGGACAUUAAGGAAAUGUAUUACUAUGAAAUGAAUUAGCCAGAUAACUGUGUUUAUAGUAGCGGUUGGUGAAUGGAAAGUGUUUGUGGGUUGUGAAAUGUGUUUCUUGUACCAUAAGGUUGUCUGUGUGCUGUCUGUGUGCCCACCUAAGUAGCAUUGGUCUCUUCUUGGGUGUGUUGAGGCCUUUAGCGUUAAUUGAGGUGCAUUUGAUUUGUAUUGCCAUUGUAGCUAGUGGUAUGUGGUGCUGCUGAGUUUGUAGUUGGUGAGUGAAGAGGGGAAGAGAGGAAAAAAAACACAAACCAAAAGGGGGUGGGGGGAGAGGUAGAGGGAGAGGGCAAGGCCACAGGGCUCCACGAUCCGGGCCAGCCGGAUUAGAGAGGAUGUAAAGGCACAUAGAGUGUGGGGCGCGUCGUGGCAUUCAUAUUUGUGUGUGAGUGAGGGGUUUGUGCUGCCCAACGUAGUUGUGCGAUGCCAGGAGUGGCAGGGGUCUCCCCUAAGUUUGCAGUAGACUUAAGUGGUAUAUUGGGUGAUGGGGGUCUCCACCUAAUCCUGUCCCUCCAUCAGUGCCGAUGAAGAGAAUGGGGGAAAUGGAGUACUAGGCCCGCUAAGGAGGGAGGCUGAAACUUAAAUAGACUCCUAGGUGCCAUUGUGCAUAUCAGGAACCAGGCAAACAAUAAGGAGGUAGGAGAGUUGGGAUAGAGGUGGACAUAGGACAAACAGUGAGAAACAUAUUCUUGAUCUUAUCUCUGUGUCAUGGCCGGUGUCAUUGUCUCUGGUAUUGGGGUCAGUCCAUCAAUCAAUCGCCACCCAGUCCAUCAGGUAGGUGAGCACUGUCAAGGAUUGGUGGUGAGGAGAGGCUGUCUGACCGCUAUAGUUCACUUAUGGAGGUGAGUAGCCCGUGGUGAAAAGUCUCUGUUCGAAUCUUUAUGGGUGUUGUGGCUCACGUCUGGAUGGUCUCCGCAAUCGUGGCAUGGCUGGCAGAUUGUUUCUAGUCUCAUGGGAGCCAUGUGGGCGAGGACAGGGCUCCAUGUCGAUGGGUGGUAGGCCCAACUGGUUCGCAAAUUCCUGGGCCUAGGAGAUAUCAUGUAGGACAUAUGUUCAGUCUUCUCAGCAGACCAUUAAUUUGAAGGGAUGGCCGUACACAGAGCCUCUGCUGAGUGAGGGCCUGGGUUAGGGGUCGGAGUUUCCUUUGUUUAUGUAGAGUGCUGGGGGCCAGGUCCUGGAAGAAUUGGACCUGAUGUCCUUCUAUUUGCAAAGGAGUGUCUCUUAUGGCCCUCAUCAGUGCUUCCUUCACAUGAAAGUAGUGCAUGUGGGCCCUGUGAGCUCUGUCCAGCAUUAACUCUGCUGGUGGAGCUUCAGGCCGCAGAAGGUUUCCUGGAGUGCUGAGUGGAGCAUGUCUGCAUUGAUGGUUUCUGGCAGCCCCCUGAUCCUUAUGUUGUUUCGGCGUGAUCUUUUAUUCAGGUCUUCCUGUGAGCUUCCAGGGCUCGUACCUGCUCUCUGAGCUCUUGCAGGGCCCUGUCAUGGUUAGAGGUAGUUGUAGAGAUGUCCUCCAUCCGGUCUUCCACUGUUAAGUUGCGCCUGGUGAGAUCCUCUAGGUCUUCCCUGAUGGGGGCUAGGUGUUUUGCCAGUUCAGCUGCCAUAUUGAGUUUAAUGUCACGAAGGAGCUCUUUUAGGUCCCCCUUGUUCACCGGGGCUUGGUCCUGGCUUCUUCUUCCCGUCUCCCAUCAGAGUCGGACUUUGGCGGCUGAUCUGCACGAGGUGCGCCUUUGUCCGAGUGGCUGUGGAAUAUCGAAGCCACCGCUGAUCUGUGUCUCAACUUUCUCCCCAUGUUUUGCGGCGGUGUGUGCUUGGGGGAUCUGGCAGGGCAGGUUGCGGUGAGUAGAUUUGGCAAAGUAUGCUUUUUGUGCGCUGUUUUUUUGCCCGAUGUUGCGGAGCUCCAGCCAAGUGCCUUUAUCCGCACCGGAAGUCAGGCGCCGCCCAAACGUGUGGAACAUUUUUGAACGCCAAAUAUCUCACACCAACUGCAAUACCCUGAUCUAUAAUUUUACAGACAUCUUUGUAGAAUGCAAUUGCAUUAGUUUGACAUGAAACCAUGCCGAUUUCUGCUAAUUACAUUUAUUCCCAAUGAAUUCCUGAAUACUAUCCCUUUAAAUACUUUCCCAGCCACAGAUGUUAAGGUCACUGGUCUAUAAUUUUGAACCCUUGUUGAAUAUAGAAGCCAAGCUUGCCUUUCUCCAAUCCUCCGGUACAAUUUCUGAAAGAAAAGAAUCCUAACUGAGCUCCUUAAGUACUUGUGUGAAUAACAUCAGACCUUGAGGCUUUGUUUAAAUUAACUUUAUUUGCUGCAGCACCUUGUUUUAAGUUAUCCAACCAUAACUUGUCUGUAUUUUUUCCCCCAGUAAUUAUUUGCAUAACUUUUUCAAUAGGUUCCUCCUUGAUAUAUACAGAAUAAAAUAAUAAUUUAAAAUGCUUUUUCUUGAUCUUUACUUUUCUUUACAUUUACUAACACACCCAUCUCUGAUAUUAUUGAAUUUAUGUACUUAAAACAAUAUAUAAACUUUUUGGAGCUGGUCUUGCUCUCUUUGGCUAUCACUUUUUCAUAUUCUAGUUUAUCUCAUUCUAGUUUAUCCCAUCAAAUCGCCUACAGGCAUUAUUGGCUUCCUUAUAUUUUAUAAGGAUUUAUCUGAUUUAAAUCCAUUAACUUCCAUUUUCUUAUUUUUACAUUCUUGGCUUACCUUUCUAUUAAGACACAUUGGUUUCAAUUUGUUUAUUUUAUAUUUGUUCCCCAAUGGUAUAUACCCAUGCACAAAAUGAGCUCACUGCUCUAAAAAACCUACACCCUCCUUCCUACACCAUGACUUCAGCCCAGGAUUAAGCUCACUACCAGGGCCGGACUGGGAAGAUAAUUCGGCCCGGGCAUUUUUUAAUUACAGCGGCCCACUACAAAGGGGGCGGGGCCAGAUAGGGUGUGUGCUGUGCAUGUCAGGGGUGCAGUGUGUGGGUGCUGUAAGUGUUAGGGGUGCAGUGUCUGUGUGUGUGUGUGUGAGGGUGAUGUGAGUGUGUGUGUGUGUGUGUGCUGUGUCAGGGGUGCAGUGUGUGUGAGUGAGGGUGCUGUUCAUGUCAGGGGUGCAGUGUGUGUGUGUGUGUGUGUGCUGUGAGUGUCAGCGGUGCAGUGUGUGUGUGCUGUGAGUCUCAGGGGUGCAGUGUGUGUGUGUGAGGGUUCUGUAAGUGUUAGGUGUGCAGUGUGUGUGUGUGAGUGAGGGUGAUGUGAGUGUGUGUGUGUGUGCUGUGUCAGGGGUGUAGUGUGUGUGAGUGAGGGUGCUGUGCAUGUCAGGGGUGCAGUGUGUGUGUGGGUGCUGCAGUGUCAGCGUGCAGUGUGUGUGCGCUGUGAGUCUCAGGGGUGCGUGUGUGUGAGUGAGGGUGCUGGGAGGCCAGGGUGCAGGUGUGUGUGUGUGCUGUGAGUGUCAGGGGUGCAGUGUGUGUGUGUGUGUGUGCUGAGGCUCGGGGUGCAGUGUGUGUGAGUAUGUUGUGAGUGUCAGCUGUGCAGUGUGUGUGUGUGUGUGUGCUGUGAGUGUCAGGGGUGCAGUGUGUGUCUGCUGUGAGUGUCAGGGGUGCAGUGUGUGUGUGAGUGUGCUGUGAGUGUCAGUGGUGCAGUGUGUGUGUGUGUGCUGUGAGUGUCAGCGGUGCAGUGUGUGUGUUUGUGUGUGUGUGCUGAGUGUCAGGGGUGCAGUGUGUGUGUGCUGUGAGUGUCAGCAGUGCAGUGUGUGUGUGUGUGCUGCGGGAGUGUCAGGGGUGCAGUGUGUGUGUGUGUGUGUGCUGUGAGGUCAGGGGUGCAGUGUGUGUGUGUGUGUUGUGAGGUCAGCGUGCAGUGUGUGUGUGUGCUGUGAGUGUUAGGGGUGCAGUGUGUGUGUGUGCUGUGAGUGUCAGGUGCAGUGUGUGUGUGUGUGUGCUGUGAGUGUCAGGGGUGCAGUGUGUGUGUGUGUGUGUGUGUGUGAGUGUCAAGUGCGUGUGUGUGUGAGUGCUCAGGGGUAGUUUGUGUGUGUGUGUGUGUGUGAGUGUCAUUGGUGCAGUGUGUGUGUGUGUGUGCUUUUGUGAGGCCAGGGUGCCGUGUGUAAGUGAGGGUGCUGUGAGUGUCAGGAGUGAAGUGUGUGUGAGGGUGCUGUGAGUGUCAGGAGUGAAGUGUGUGUGUGUGUGCUGUGAGUGUCAGGGUGCAGUGUGUGUGUGUGAGUGAGGGUGCUGUGAGUGUCAGGGGUGCAGUGUGUGUGAGUGAGGGUGCCGUGAGUGUCAGGGGUGCAGUGUGUGUGAGUGAGAUGCUGUGUCAGGGGUGCAGUGUGUGCGAGUGAGUGUGCUGUGAGUGUCAGGUGCAGUGUAAAAGUGUGCUGUGAGUGUCAGGGGUGCAGUGUGUGUGUGUGUGUGCUGUGAGUGUCAGGGGUGCAGUGUGUGUGUGUGUGAGUGUCAGGGGUGCAGUGUGUGUGUGUGAGUGUCAUUGGUGCAGUGUGUGUGUGUGUGAGUGUCAUUGGUGCAGUGUGUGUGUGUGUGAGUGUCAGGGGUGCAGUGUGUGUGUGUGAAUGAGGGUGCUGUGAGUGUUAGGGGUGUCUGUGAGGCUGAUGUUAGUUAGGUGAUUAUUUCCCCCCUCCCUGCUUACCUUUAGCCUGGGAGGGGGAUCCUGCUGCUGGGGCUGCCAUCCAUCCCUGGUGGUCUUAGUGGUGAGUGAACUCUAGCCUGUAAGGCUAGAGUUCACUCUCGCGAGACCCGGAGCGUUGCCAUGGCAACGCUCCGAAUCUCGCGAGAGGAACCCGGCGGAGCUGUUAGUUAAAGCUCCGCUGGGUUCCUCUCCUGGCAGGCUGGUUCCCUCCCUCUCUCCCCCGGCGGCCGCACUAUCCUGCAUGUGGGCCGGUGGGGAGAUCUCUGAUCUCCCCACCGGCCCUCCAUGGACUACUGCAGGGCCGGCGUUCAGAUAGCGCCGGCCCUGCAAAGACCGGCAGGAGAGAUCCUGUGAUCUCCCUGCCGGCCUCGGCCCCACGGCCACCGCGGCCCACCGGGCAUUUGCCCGGUGUGCCCGAUGGCCAGUCCGGGCCUGCUCACUACUAAUCUCCUACUGCCUUUCCAAGCACAUAACACAGGUAAAAUCUCUAACAAUAACCUGAGAAGUCCUUCUCGUCAGUUAAUUUCUAAUUACCGGAACUCAUUCUUUAGGACUCUCCAUUGUCCUCUGACUUAGUUAAUAUAGUAAUCAUACAGAAUAGGCAAUUCAAUUUAACAUUUGUACAUAUUGGUUAUAUAUGUGGAAACUUUGUCAAGGUACUAUAUGUAUAAUUACAAAAGAAGAUGUGUCAAGUGAAUAUAUGGCAUUUGGCACUGAUGUGGCUCUACAUUACAAAGUAUCUUCCAUGGAAUGACAACCAGUUUUUGCAAACCAUGCUCAUUCUUUUUUUUCUCAGGAGUUGGACAAAUCUAUAGACAGUGCAUCAACCUAGAAUUACUUCUCUGUUACUCCACAAAGUAACCUCUAGGCCAGGGAUAGGCAACCUUUGUCACUCCGGAUGUUUUGGGCUACACCUCCCAUGAUGCUUUGUCAGCAUUAUGGGUGUAAAAGCAUUAUGGGGGAUGUAGUCCAAAACAUCUGGAGUGCCGAAGGUUGCCUACCCCUGCUCUAGGCUAUAAUUUAAUCUUAGUAAGUGGUGUACACAACCUUUUACAGAUGUCAGCAGCAUACACAUAACAUGAACCAUGAUAUGGAAAGAUAAUCUUCUAAAACAGAAAUCAGCUCUUAAUUGUGAUCCCUCUACACAGGUAAAGAGUGUCCCAGGGGGCCCUCCUGAUGAUACAGCCACUCUGAUUUACUCAGAUAAGCCACAGAGUCCAGUAAGAGCUUUAAGCAACAACAGCAUUUACAAGCCGCCCCAGGAGGAUUUUGUCCAGAAAACAGAGGCUCCCAUCAACAACAGGUUUGUAGUUAAAUAUAUAUAUAUAUCAUUUUUAUAGAUAAUAGAAAAUGCUUGUUUACCAAGACUGUCUAGAAUAGACAGUUUAUAAUCAAAACAGAAACAUGGGUGGAAUUCUUUCCAAACAAGCCUGGGUGUUGCUGGGCAGCAAAAAUGGACUUCGGCUCAAAGUAUUUAUUCUAUGGUAUUUCCCACAUAGAGUUAAGCCCCUCCCAAAACAUCACUAUAUAACAUGCCCUAUACUUAACUCUAAACUGUAAUAUGUUCUGUGAAUCACAUUAUGACCUCAAAUCUUUGAAUGAUCUUUGAAUCUUUCAGCGUAUUAUAUAAACCUAAAUUUAUAAACUCUACUCCUGCUGUAUUAGUCUAUCAUCCUGCUAGCCUACAGCUGCCGCAUUAACCCUAAACUUUAUGCAUUAUAACGGCACCACUGCAUUAACACCAUGCACCCACUACAAUAUCCCCAAAGUGUGCUCCAAAUACAGUGCAUUAAAGAGGUAUUGUUAGAAAUUAUGUAAUUUGAGGUAUUCUCCUUGUUGUAGCACAGACUAAAGGAAAUUAACAUAUAAAUGUAAUUUUUUCUUUAAUUUGCAUCAAUCCGAGGUGUUGCAUGGGCUUCAGUCCUAGGGUACAUUUUUUUUUUUUUUUUAUCUCCUACCACAUUUAUUGCCUUAAGGCUCUCCUGAAAGAAACCAUAUACCAUAUUCUAAGUCCAACACUAAAUCCUAAUGUGUUCUAUAAAAUACAUUGUGACACCAAAUAUUUGAUUGAAUUCAGAGUAUUAUAUUAACCUGUAUCUGUAACCCCCAUGCCUGCUAAAUUAAUUACAAGCCAGACUAUAUUAAUCCUUCUGGUCUGAUGAAUCAAUGAUCUGGGCAAUUUUCUCUUUGGAAGCCUUGGAUCCUGGCAUUUACGUGGAUGUUACUUUGACAUGAACCACCUACUUAGAGACUGUUGCAGACCUCAUACACCACUUCAUGGCAAUAGUGUUCACUGAUGGCAGUGGCCCAUAAUGCACCCUGUCACACGGCACAUAUUAUUCAGGAAUGGUUUGAGGAUCACAACAAAGAGGUGUUGCCCCAGAUCUUAAUCCUAUUGAGCAUCUAUGGGAUGUACUGAAACAACAAAUCUUAAGAAUAGAGUACAGUUAUGUAUUUAUCUCCAACAUAAAAAUAUGGCACAGCAUGCUGCCACAAUCAUCCAGUAACCCACAGAGGCAAAGCUAUAGAAUAUGGAUCUAGAACAGCGAUGGCUAAUUUUGGGCACACAAAGGCCACUUUGCUGGCACAGAAGCCAACGGUUUACUAUAUUGUGGGUACUCAUGGCCAGCACUACCCUAAGACAACAUUCUUCUGGUUUCCAGAAAGAGGGGCAGAUCAUGCAUUCCACUACCGGACCACCAGGGAUUCCUUAUUAAGAACACUGACAACCAGGGAUUAUUAUUAACCCCCACCAAACCACAAGGGAAUCAUUAUCCCUUACCUGACAACCAGGGAAAUAUUAUUAAUCCCCACUAGACCACAUGGGAAGAUAGCCCUCUUAAUGUAAAAAUGGUAAGCAGAAGUGGGAGGAAAACAUUUUUUUAUUACUGUGGUUAAAUUAAAAUAAGCACCAACCAUACAUAUCACACACAAGAAUAAACUGUUGCAAGGUAGAAUAAAUUGCAAGUUAGCAGAGCUCCACCCAGCAAUCUAAGCAUUCCAAUUAUAGAAGCCUUAAUUAAGAUAGGGAAAUGUACAGCUGACUUAAAAUGUAUAUAGCCCACACAUCAAGAUCUAGAUGAUUUUACAUAGGUGAUCACAAUAUAAAUUAACAAUAAUUUCUGAAAAGUAUAUAUAAACAAGUAAGAACAAUAUAAGCAAUGCAGAAAUUAAACAUGUAUGAAAUUGAGAACAGCUAAGACCCAGAAUAGUAUGUAAGAAUAUGUAGAAUAGAUUCACUAAUUUACUGCAAGUCCUGAUUACUGACACACGAACAUACUGUUAUCGCAACAGCUGUACCCCAAUCAAAAUGAAAAUGCUGGCAAAUGUAAGACAAUACCCCAGUGUUUGCAUAUAGGUAGUCACAAAAAUGUAAAUAGGAAAUGUAGGGGAAGCAGUAAUGUAAUUCUAUUCUAGAUUACUCAAAAUCAAAUUAUGUUUGUAGCCUUGCUUAGUUAGCCUGGUUGUCACAUCAUGAUGUACACUUUACUAGGACUUUCAGAAUGCCAUGUGUUUUGUGUGAAAUCAAUUAACAUUGGUCACUUUGGGAUGCCAUAUUUUUAUUAAUUAUUAGAUUUUUCCCCAAAGCACAUAUACAUUAUACAAAGGGACAGGUAGUACUUUCAAGCCCUGCAUAUCAGCUAAAUAAAAAUGCUGUUAAAGUAAUCUAUCCCUGACAAUGGUGCAAACGGCAAUGCUGCCCCACCCAGGGGAGACCACCAGGGAUCCCACCAGAAGUGAUAACACCCCCUUUUAGUCAAUAAGUAAGUGGGUGGAGAUAUGUGGGGAGGCCUUCCCCAUCUCUAGGCUGUCCUCAUUUACAAAAUAGAGGCCCAGGGCAGUAUUCUGUGUAUGAGGACUGCUUGGGAGGAUGGGGAAGGCCUCCCCACAUAUUGGCAUCCUGCCUGGGACCCUUGACAAACCGGCUCUGAUAAGAGGCAGUCUGCAAGCAGACAAAGAUUGAUCAGAGACAAGAAAAGGUCAGGGAACACAGAAAUACUCACAAUCAGACAACAGGCUAAUGUCAGUAAACAGAGCAGGGGGGCAGAGUCUGACCGCUAAGCUGAGCGGACACAUGAAGCUUGAGCUCCCGCAUUACCCGACGAAACCAGCAUUUCUAAGCCUAACAUUGGGGCUUACUUGCUCAACCUUAGAUGUAUCCACACACAGGGGAGCCCGGGGAAGCCCAAGGAUCUGUUGCGGCCUACUGGGACCUGGACACGGGAGAGGCGGCCGCUACACUCCUACCCCCCGUCCUCCCUGGACCGGUGGGGGAUAUCCCGGUCCUCAUACCGCAGAAGGUGCAGCACACACAGAGAGCGAGAAGGCUGAGGAACAGCACAAUGCAAACCUUGUGGUGCAAGCAAGAUGGCCACCACAUUGGAAGCUCAACAAAGCUGCCCAGGCCUUCAAUGGAAGACCCUCUUUGAGGCUCGGUUCGACGCCAUAUGCCGCAAGUUCUGCCACUGCAUCACUUAGAGAGCUACCUUACACCCUCCUAUGGCAACAAAGCUACCGCAAGCUGCAAACUCCAAUGCCUGUCUAUCUCCCGAGAUGGGAGUCCAUCCGGAGAAGCCUCCCGUCAGCAACCCUGGUGUCCAGAAAGACACCUGGAAGAUGGAGACCCCUAAGCCCCAAAACUACGCUAAGCACAGAGUGAGAAGCCAGGGAAAUCCAGAGCUGGCACUCGCGAAGGCUUGGAGCCAGGGACAAAGGACACGGCAGAUGCACAAGGCGUCGCCCAUGCGCCCACAAGCAUGCCCACAGAACACAGACGCUACUGUGCUACGAAGAGGUAAACGUCUUGGAAUGGAGAAGGUCCCUCUCAUCCACACCGUCUGGACCUGCUCCUGGGACGGCGAUCCCACUGCUAACGACACAGAGCUGGACUUUGAACCGUGGCCCACUUUUGGCAUAGGGUGAACUGUACUUACCUGGCACACCUGCCCCACACACCUGGCUCACGAGUGGCUUACCCUGACUGGCAUAACCUAGUUUUUGCAUAUCUUGGUGUCGGCAUUACUUAGUACUCAGCCUGAUGAGCCCACUCUAAGUAUAGCCUCUCCAGUGUAGUCAGUUAUCUGAUCCAUAUACCCUAUUGUGUAUCUGCUGACUCUCACCUUUAGCAUGCUUCCUCGACUUAUAUUAUUACCAUAGUAUUUCUCUUCUGACAUAACUCACUAUGUCUAAUAUGUCUCAUGUAGUUAAUCCCCUAGUUUAAACUACAGCCUUAGACAUAUCUACCUAACCUGAAAUAAUUAUACAAAUUGUGCCGUUCUUGCAUGCCAUGAUCUUGUUUCCCAGUUUUACUUAUUAGCUUGUACCUGCUGUUGUGGCAAUACAAGCAUGUUUGUAACUUUAAGCACUGCAAAAAUAAUAAACAGAGCAGAAUGAGUAACCAGUAUAAGCAAACAAUCAGAAAUGCACUCUCAGGUAUCAGGAACAAAAACAGGGCAAUGGACAAACUGAGGAGUGGUCUUAAAUAGCCUGAACUUAUAUACUAUUGGUCGGUUAUAAUUUUGGCACCAACAUGUACACAACCAAUAUUGAUAAGAUGAUGCUGGCCACUGCAGCUCCAAAAAAAAUUAGACAAGUUAGGACAGGUAUAAGGAGCUGCAGAAAUUAAGUGGUUCAUGUUAGAAAGGACGCAGAAUGACAAUUGACGUCAAUACGUGUCCAGCAGACUACCCUGGUCUAGAGGCAAUACUGCUGGAAAUUUUAGUGAGUGCCACUCCACUUUAUGCACAUUGCAUGCCCUGCAGUGUCCAGCAGGGGCAGAAGUCUGAAUCUCAUGUGUGGCUUGGUGAAUGUGGGGGUGAGAGAUGAAGUUAAACCCUAAUCCCUAUGUAUAUUGCUUCAUGCAGUACUUUAUGUAAGUAGGGUCAAAUAAUUGUAAACAUCCUACAAUUAAAUAGAGCUUAUAGCCAUGUUGCCCUCCUACCUUUCCAUUUUCAGCAUUUCCAAAUUGAUUGCAUUUUCUAAAUGCAGGUCAUGUCUCUGGGCACUUAAAGGAAAGAGAAAAGGAUCAAAAAUGGUAACUUUAAAAAGAACAAAAAAAUGUAAUUUUAUUUUUAUUUUUCAGUAGUAUAUAUUGGAAUUUGGAAUACCCCUCCCAAUGAUUUUCAGUGUUUAGAUUUGCAAAACAUCAGUGCUUCUUAAGCUAGUUCUCAGUGACUAACACUGACCAGGAUUUAUAAAUAUAAAUACAAUUUGCACCACUUGUAUUAAAUCAGUACCUAUUAGACAAGCAUAUUAGGGCUAUACAUAGGACACAAGGUCAUGUGUUUAGACUAGAAGAAGGAAGAUUUAGUCUAAGGCAAAGGAAAUGUUUUUUACCGUAAGAACAAUAACGAUGUAGAAUUCUCUGCCUGAAGAAGUGGUUUUAUCAGAGUCUGUACAGAUGUUUAAACAGCAACUAAAUGCAUACUUGCAAAAACACAAUAUCCAAUUAUAGAAUUUUUCAACUGCAGGGUUUUCAACUGUAGCUCCUUGAUCCAAUGAUAAAUCUGACCAUUCUGGGGUCAAGAAGGAAUUUUUUACCUAAUUUGUUGCAAAAUUGAAAGUGCUCCAAGCUGGGCUUUUUUUUUUAUUUUUUUUACUUUCAUUUGGCUCAACAGUAAAAAAUAGAUGUAUGGAAGGCAAAACUUGAUGGACACAUCAACUAUGUAACUAUGUCCUUAGUGUGCUAUGUUUAUUGAGCUAUUCACAUAAUGCUGGAAUUUGUAUUGCCAUUGAGAUAUAAUUAAUAUCUAAACUUAGCAGGGAUGCAAGACAGUUUUUACAGUUUUUAAAGGAUUACUCCAUUGUCCAAAUACAAAAAGUAUCACUAUUUAGAAGAUAUACACCAAACGAAAACUUUUUCAUUGUGGUUAUAGAUAUAAAAACAUCUUGCAAAACCUGCAGUUCUCUUAUCUGCAGCCUUUAUAAGUCCUCCCCUUGUAACCCCUCCCAAACUUUCUGUGGUUGUCCAAUCACAGAUUUCCCAAUACAGCUCAAUGAAAAGUCUUUGCAAGGCAGGAGCUCUGGGAAAUUGAUUCCUCUUGAGUUGGAUGUAACCCAGAGGCAGUCUUUAAUUAGCAGUGUAGGAACUACUAUCAAACAUGCCUCUAUCAAACGUGCACUGUACUUGGCCUGAUGGGAAAUCCUGCCAUGAUCAGUUGUAAUAAUUUGGGAUCCUUAUUAUAGAGUUAAAAAUUACUAAACAAAUAACUCUUUCAGACCUUACCUGUUAUAACAAUUGAGUGAGGCUAAAAUAGUUCCUAACACUAAUUUUCUUUCAAAGUUUAUUUUUUUGAAUUUUAAUCAUUUUAAACCUGUUUAAACAUUAGCUUCGCUCAAUUAUUAUUCUGACCGUAAGAAAUAAAAGAAAUAGUGAUGGCAGAUAAUAGGACAUUUAGGGUUAAGGUGAGGUUUCAAAUUAGGGUAAGGAAUUAAUUUAGACUAACUCAAUUAUUAUUCUUACCCUAAACCUAAAAAUAGUAGAAAUAGUGGAGGCAGAUAACCGGAAAUAACCCUAGAAAUAGUGGAGGGCAGGUAACAGGAAAUGUUCUAAUCGAACUUUAAAUAUCAUUUUAGAAAACUGAAUGCAUUGCUCUUUGGAGUGGCCCGUGUAAAAAAUGUUUAUUUAUUCUUUUAUACCUAAAGUUUACUUUUUCUUUUAUACCUUCACAGCCCAAACAGUAUGUAUCUAUCAGUGUUAAUAGACUAAUAUGUAUGUAUUUGCAGUUCUCCUGUACCAGAGAGUGUGUAUCAAGAACAGAGCAGAGGAAGACCUCCAGUUCGUCGAGGUCGGAGGUGGAGAAGGAAUCCAGAACUCGAUGAAUCUCAGUAUGAAACAGAUUAUACCACAGCUGUGGAAUCAGAUGACGACAGAGAUGUGGAGAAUUGGGAAAGGUAUGAGUAAGAAGUUAUCGUGUUUGGAAGAUGGCAUAAAAGGAACAGAAGUUUUGCAAAGAAGGAAUUUGCUCAAAAAUAAUGAAAUGUCAUGAGUUGAGCAUUCCAGAUAAACAGCAGACUGUAGGACAAGAGUCUCUCAUAACUAAUAGGGUCCUAAGUGGAAGAGAAACAUUAGCUUUUGUGGAGGGAUUGAAAAUGCAAAACCACUGGAGGAAGAGCAGAAUAUUUAGGAUAAACGUAUAAUUUCAGGAAUAGUCAUGUUCAGUUGCUGAAGGGAGGCAAAUUUCUACAGGAGCAGUAAACUGAAAGAGGUUUUAUAGUGAGGGAAAGAAACUGUGCACAUGAUCAUCACCAACAUUUCUCUUUCUUAGUUUGUACCCACCAAUUACUUCAGACGCACAGCGGCAGGAAUACAAGCGCGAGUUUGACACUGAUUUGCGGCGUUACAAACGCAUGUGUGCCGAGAUGGAUGACAUCAACAACCAGCUGCAGCAACUCAGCAAACAGCUGGAUGGACUAGCUGAGGGCAGUGUCCAAUACCAGGUACCACCAAGUGUCUCUCAUCUUUCCAAUGAAGCCAACAAUUUCUUGUUUCAUUCCAUGCUUAGACACUUUUCUUCUGCUUUCUAAUGAUAUAUUUUUGCAUUCAGGGUGUAGCUGAGGAGUACAACAGACUGAAGGAUCUGAAGAGAGUAAGUUACUAUAUUAUUUAAAAUCAACACAUCACUGUUAUAGGACUUACUUUAAGAGACUUGUUCUUCAACUGUGAUAAAAUCAGGGCUCAAAAUUGACAAUCUCCAACAGCAAUUUUGUGGUGAAAAUUUAGCCCUGGCAAGUAGAAAUUUCUCCCAGGUUGUAUGCUAUGGCUUGCAGGAGCAAGUAACUUUUGUGGUCUGGCUAGUAGCAAAGGACUUCAGAUUUUACGUCUUGAUAAAAUAUAUACCAAAGUUACUGCCUAAGUGCCUUCUUUAGACUCUCUCCGACAGGUCUCCAUUGUUUUACGGAAGGAAAUGCUGGUGCACUAAAAAAUGUAUUGCUGUUUGGGCCGUAAGAAAUUUGUUACACAUGUUUCUGCCAUUAGAGACCUAAUCAACAGAGUAUGAGGACCACGCUGUGGUUCCAGAGUUAAAAAUCGUUGUAUUACACAACUCAUAAACGUUUUAUUCUACGAACGAGCCCCUUAUAUAUUACCGAAUACCAGUACCUUAUAGCAAGGAUAGAGCGUACACAAACUUCUUUAAAUGAAAACUUCCAUACUGUCCUGAUCAGUCCUUGUACAAUUCUGUAACUACUAAUAAAAGAGCAGGAGAUUGUAAUGGUAUUUUGCAAUACUAUGCGAAAGUGGCUAUUUUAUGGUGAAAGUGAAGUUAUCGGUUAAUUUCACUUUUAAUUCUAUUUUUAAUAAAUAGUCACAUUCCAAUGCUUUGCAUAAACAUUUGUCUUAUUUUAUAGCAGAAACAAAAUGCUGCCAUUUUGCAAUCUCAAAUUAGGCUGAAAAUCUAUUUGUUUUAUUGAAUAGCCAAAUUAGAUUUUUCUACACAUUUCUGCUCUACUGGCUUAAUAUGCCAAUUUGGGAUUUAGUGAACAGACAGACAGGUGCUUCUGUACAUCUCAUUUUCUUUGCAGAGUCUGUAGGUGUAUCAUAUAUUUUUAACAGUGUACAUUGCUAGAGUUAUUUACAUGCGUAAAGUAUAUAUUUUUUUAAAUCCAAUUACAAAUCCUGUUUAAAAUAGGUUCUUGCUAUUUGAGUUUUCCUACAGUAACAAAUAAAUAUGUGUUGCAUAUAGUGAGCUUGAAGCCACCAUUGUCACCACACAAGGUAUUCCUUAAACAAAAGUACAGAAGUAAGAAGUUAGGAUCAUCUUUACUACCAAAAGAAAGUAUAAACAUAUGCCACAUAAGGUUCUUAACUCCUGGGUUGGCACCCAACAUUGUGUCCCAUGUUAUUUCAGUGUUCCCCUAAUGUUUAGAACAGACACAUUAUAUUCACCCAGCUACACAUAACCUAACUGAAUAGCAUACACAUACAUAUCUAUUGCUCUGAUUUGUCUAAAUCAGAAGAUAUUUGAACUUUUGAGAAAUUCUGAGAAUCAGGUUGAAAUAAACAAAGUUUAAAUAUGAUUAUUUUUGGAUGAUUAGUCAAAAAGUCACGCUUUGGAUACUGAGUAUUCAAAAUAAUGUUUAGCACCAGGCCAUUACCCGAGUAAAGCAUUAUUUACAAUAAAACAAAACAGAUUUACUGGUAAUCAAUUCAAAUUUGGUUUAAAAAGCUGAAUAUGAUGGACUUGGCUUUUUUUUCAUCCUUGACUGCUAUUUAAAGGAUCACUGCGUUGUUUUCCUGACACUAUAGUGCACUGAGGGUGCCCCCACCCUCAGGGUCCCCCUCCCGUGGCGUGACCCCUUCAGCCACUUACCUUAAUCCAGCGACGGGCUCCUUCGGCGCUGGUGACCUCUCCUCCCCCGCCGACGUCAGCUCCCCCGUCCGAUGUCACUGGAGCCGAAUGCGCAUGCGCGGCAAGUGCCGCACGCACAUUCAAAAUGUCCAUAGGAAAGCAUUUCUUAUUUCUCUGGAAGACAGCCACUAGAGGCUGGAUUAACCCCAAAUGUAAAUAUAGCAGUUUCUCUGAAACUGUUAUGUUUACAUGUGAAGGGUUAAAACCUAGUUGGACCUGGCACCCAGACCACUUCAUUAAGCUGAAGUGGUCUGGGUGCCUAUAGUGGUCCUUUAAAGGCGCUUAGAAAUAUAAUAAAAUGCAGAACAAUUUUCGAUAGCAGCUUUCAAACAAUCGAAGGAACUCCCUAACCUACAAUUAAAUAGAAAUAGAUACUAUGUGGUAAAAUUACACCAAUAGUAAAAAGUGUGUAGUGCUGAAAUAAUAUAUUGCACUUACCACAAAGGGUUAAAAUAGAGAUACGGUGCUGAAAGAUAAAAUAUCUAUUUUAACCCUUGGGGGUAAGGGCAAUAUUAAUUUUAGCGCUACACACUUUUUUACUAUUGCUGCCAUUUUACCACAUAAAAUACAAUGUACGGUUAUGACAUAUUUUCCCUAAAGUCAAUGAGUUCACUAAAUAGCCACUACAGUAAGCACAUUAAAAUCAUUACAGAAAAAUAAGUAACAUUUCUAUAUGAUUUAUUUUAUCAGAACCCUGACUAUCAAACCAAGAAGACUGAAACCAAAAAACUCAGGAACAAACUGUUUCACAUCAAGAAAAUGGUGAAUUACUAUGACAAAGCUCGAGAUUGAUGUGACUCAAAACAAGGCAAUGUUAAUGAUGGCCACAAGAGGGACACAAGUAUCAUAGGAUGGAAAUCAAUAACAUUUACCAAGCAUUCAAAAGGACCGAAACACAAUUUUUAGUAUUUUUUUCCCCUCAUAUUUAAUCAAUCUGUAAAUAUGCUUGAUUUAGACUACCAGUAAUUCCUCUAACAACAAGAGGUUAAUAUUAGGGAGACAGGAUUGUUGUUUGAAUGUGGAAUAUAUAUAUAUAUUUAAAUAUAUAUAUAUAUAUAUAAAUGUAAUCAUGUUAAGCAGUGCAAUUGAUAGAUUGUGGAGAUGUUUUACAUGUUUAACAUUUAAGUAUGUAUUUUUACAAGAGUCCCUGAUCAUUUAUUCAUAUAAAUUAAAGUAAACUAGGUAUUAACACUGACUGUUAUUAUAAGCAUUUAUAUAUAUAUAUAUAUAUAUAUAUAUAUAUAUAUUGUGAGUUGGUUGUCAUUUUGCAGUCAGAUCUCCGUAAAUUAGAUUUUAAAUAACUGGAACUGCACAAACUUGCCUGAUGUACAGUGAAAAUAUCUCUAUAUCAAAUUUUACAGUCAAAUGUACUUUGUGUGUAAUUAAUUCUAAUAGUGCAGUCUCUGCACGGCAAUAAUGAUUUUUAUUUUAAUCAUUUUAAUUUGUACUUUUAGUGUGUUGACUAAUUUAAAAAAAUGCAAAUUAUGAUGACAGCAAUCAAUGAUUGUAACAUGGAAUAUGAUUUAACAUAAAUUCUAAUGGAAAACAAAAAUGUUUUUAUUUAAUAUACACAAUCAAAUUCAGCUUUACUAUAUAGUUUGUCAAAAAACAGUUUUAUACAGGUUCAGAUCUGUCAUUUUAUAUUGUGUACAAAUUUCAGGUUAAGUUGAACCUUGAAGCAGGGAUGUAUUUACCACAAGGCAAACAAGGCAUUUGCCUAGGGCGGCACUUUCGGGGGUUCGCCAAAAAAUGCCACCCCAAGCUCCCAGACAAAUGCCUUGCUUGCCUUGUGUUCUGGGGCUGUCCACCUUACUGUAAGUGAGUGAGUGAAAGUGUGUGUCUGUUUCAGUGAGAAUGGGUGUGCCUGUGAGUGUGUGUCAGUGUGUGUAUGUCAUUUUAUGUGUAUCUGAGAGUGUGUGCCUGUCAGUGAGUGGGUGUGUCAGUGUGUGUCUGUCAGUGAAAGUGUAUGUUGGUUAAACAGUGUGUGCUUAUGAGUGUAUGUGUGUACCAAUGAAUGUGUAUCUGUCAGUGAGUGUAUAUCAGUGCAUGUAUCAAUGAGGGCAUGUGUCUGUCAGUCACAAAAGUGGCUUUGACACGAAUUGGGGGGUCAAAUUUAGAUUUUGGGGGUCCCCAAAUUUAGUCGUGCCUAGGGUAGCACAAAUCCAAAAUACACCGCUGCCUUGAAGUAUACAUUAAAGAAGACUAGGUUAUUUUUCAGAUGUGCUUGAUUUAGUAAAUUUACCAUGUUUCCAUAUAAGAGAGGAUGUGUGAAUGGACAUAUGGAAGCAUGGUAUUAUUCUGAAAUAAAUACAGUACUGCGACUUGCCUUUCAAUUUAUUAAGAUUUCC